GAGUGAAUAUCGAAAAGAACAACAAACACGAUACCACCGUCGUACGCAUACUUAGCGAAAGAUAUUUUCGGAAAUCACUUAUAUACACGUAUAGAGAGCGUGGAGAACCUGUGCGAGACAACUCAGAUCGCGGGUGUCAAUUAAUAUAAUUGUUUAAACCUGUGUCACGUGCGUUUUCUACUCAGGUUUUCACCGUUUUCCGUUGGACUGUCUUUUAUGUUUUAAUUUUUUUUUUCAAUUCGUUUAACGCGUGUGGAAUCGCCAGGAUAUAAGAGCCAGUGAACGAUUUUGGUAUUGACCGACCGUCCUGCCGGGGCGCGAGGAGACUUGUGCGUUAGUCAUGAACCAACAACAACAGCAAAAACAGAUUACCACCACCUCCACCUCCUCGAUGUCCAUGGGACAGAGGAGCGUGAACCGUACCGAACAACAGGUCACGAGACAAUUCACGCAGACUACACAGAGACAAGUUCACGAAGGAUUUAUUGUACACCAGUCUACUCCAAAAUUUGGAAAUGACGCUGCUCCGCCAGUAUUUGAACAGAUAUUCAAAAACGCCAGAUUCGCCCAAGGGGGAAAUGCCGUUUUUGAAGGAAAGGUUACUGGUAUUCCAAAACCUUUUGUCUCAUGGACCAGGAAAGGCGCUCCGUUAUUGGAGUCAUACAAAUACAAGAUGACGUAUGAUCAACAAACAGGGAAUGUUGUUCUUACGAUCAAUCAAAUCGGUCCAGGAGAUGAAGGGGAAUACACAUGUUCGGCGCGCAAUCAAUACGGCGAAGCAAUUUGUUCUGUUUUCAUUCAACCAGAAGGUCAUACUGUUCAAAUACCUCAAGGCACGUAUGGUUCGCAGCGAGUACAACAAACACAGAAUACGCUGUAUACAAAUAAUUAUUCGAACAUCGAUGAAGAUUUCAAAGUCGAUACUUUCGAAUAUCGCUUACUCCGUGAAGUGUCCUUCAGACAGUCUGUCACCAAAAGGUACCUGGGUGAAGAGGAUGUCAAAUUUACAAGCAGCGCACACCAAGGCCCGGUCGUCGCACCCCAAGUGCUUCAGAAACCGCGUAAUUCAAAAUUAGUAGAAGGAUCAAACGCUACGUUUACUGUAAAAGUGUCAACAGCUAAGGAUACAAGGUUGACUUGGUUUAAGAACGGACAGAGACUCGUAAACGGACCAAAACACCAAAUAAAUUUCACCAACCAAAUCGCUACACUUUAUAUACCACAAGUUAAUUGUGAGGAUUCUGGACAUUACACUCUGCUUGUAGAAAACCCACAAGGCUGUGUAGUUUCUUCUGCGUAUCUUGCCAUAGAACCGAUGCAGAUAGCAUAUGACAGAACAGAAGACAAGGAGAAUGUAAUAACUAAAACUCAUAACAAGCUUGAGUCUAUAGAAGUAGUCGAGGGUAAGAUGUUGGCACCAAACUUUGUGCGUGUUUGUGGUGAUCGUGAUGUGACUGAAGGAAAAUUGACACGUUUCGAUGUUCGUGUUACGGGUAAACCGUAUCCCGAAGUCUCAUGGUAUAUAAAUGGUCAGCAAAUUAAGGACGACGCAACGCACAAGAUAUUGGUUAACGAAUCUGGUGACCAUGGUUUGAUGAUAACUAAUGUGUCCCAAGCAGAUGCAGGUCAGGUGGUUUGUGUCGCAAGAAGUAAAUCUGGAGAAACUUCUUUCCAAUGUAAUCUGGGAGUCAUCGAAAAAGAACUUGUAGUUGCUCCAAAGUUUGUACAACGUUUUACACCUUUAAAUAUAAGUGAAGGAGAAACAGUUACGUUGAGCGUCAGAGCUGUUGGUACCCCAGUACCAAGAAUAACAUGGCAAAAAGAUGGUGUAAAUAUCAGCGAACAACCUGGAAUGGUGUCUGUAUGGACCGAAGGAGGUGGUUCAGUAUUAGAAAUAGCAAGAGCUACUCCAACAGAUGCAGGUUGGUAUCAAUGUACAGCUCAAAACACAGCUGGAUCAACAGCAACAAGGGCUCGCCUUAACAUCAUAAGGAAACCUCGCCCUGAAGACUUCUCCGAAGACCGACGUCUUAGGCUGCCAAAACCAACACGAGUCAUUGAACCUGAGCCUGAACCAGAACCGGAAGUCGUUUUCUUAAAACAUGUUGAGAGAGCAAAAUACCAUACUCCUCGACCAGAAGAAGAUAAGAUUUAUCCACCACCAAGGUUCAUUGUUCCACUCGCGAACAUUACUCAACAAGAAGAUGGUCGAAUUCACUUUGAGGCUAGAAUUGAACCUAUCGGAGAUCCAACGAUGGUGGCUGAGUGGUUUGUAAAUGGUUACCCAUUACAAGCAAGUUCGAGAGCUAUGACUUUAUUAAAUUACGGUUUCAUAGCUUUGGAUUUGUUGAGCAUUAUAUCUGAUGAUGCUGGAGAAUAUACAUGUAGAGUGACCAGUAGUUCUGGAACAGCUCAAUCUACUGCUGUUCUCAAAGUUGAAGGGAGAGAUGAAAUCGAUAAAUCCAGUCAAUAUCCAGACAGUUUAAAAUAUAUUGAACAGUUAGAAGAUUAUUCCAAAUAUCAAAGAAGUGAUAGUUAUGAUGAAGUUCAGCCAUUACCACCCACUUUAGUUAAAUCAUUACAUGAUAUGGGUGAUUUACAAGAAGGUAGAAAUGCACAUUUCGAAGCUCAGCUUAACCCAGUUAGUGAUCCAACUAUGAAAGUAGAGUGGUAUAAAGAUGGAAAACCUAUUACAGCAAGUUCAAGAAUAACAACAAUAUUUAAUUUUGGCUAUGUUUCAUUAAAUAUUAUGCAUCUUCGUGCAGAAGACAGUGGAGAGUAUACUUUAAGAGCUAUAAACCGAUGGGGAGAAAUUAUCAGCACAUCAACAUUAAAUGUUAUUGCUCAUAGCAGUAUUACAGGUGAUUUAGGCUACCCAGAACAGCAAAGGUAUAUUGAUCAAACUGAAGCUUUGGAACAAUCUUACCUACAACAAAAAAAUCAAGAAUAUAAAAUAAGUGCACCUGAAAGUAUUGCACCACCGCAAUUUAAAACGCCAAUUAAAGAUCAGCAAAACAUUAAAGAAGGUGGUUUUGCUCAUUUUGAAGCAAGAUUAGAACCAUUAGGAGAUUCAACGCUUCAAGUAGAAUGGUUAAAGGAUGGUAAACCAGUUGAAGCUAGUUCAAGAAUGACUGUAUUCUUCAACUUUGGAUAUGUUGCAUUGACAAUAAAAUAUGUAACUGUUUUUGAUAUUGGAACAUAUACUUGCAGAGCUUUUAAUAAUUUAGGAGAUGCUUCAACAUCUGCUACAUUGACUGUUCUGACUAAAAAAGAUGUAGUACAAGAUAGCCAACACCCUGGAGGUCUCGAACGAUUCCAAUAUUUGGAAGAUUCAAGAAAAAAUAAACGCAAAGCAGAAGAAGAAACAGUUAUUACACAAAAACCUAGAUUUCUUGGACCACUAAAAGGAACAAAUAAAAUUGCUGAAGGUCAAAGAGCUCAUUUUGAAGUUCGAGUAGAACCUCAAAAUGAUGUGACUAUGAAAAUUGAAUGGUACUUUAAUGGAAAAGUAAUAAUGAGCGCUAAUAGAAUUCAAACAUAUCAUGAUUUUGGUUAUGUCGCUUUGGAUAUUCUUGGUGUAAGAGCCGAAGAUAGCGGUACAUAUGUGGUUGUUGCAAGGAAUGCCUUAGGAGAGGCUCAGCUGUCAGCUACAAUGCAAGUUGAAGUUCGUUCAAGUAUUGAUACAUCUACUAUGCAUCGUGGAGUAGUUGAAAAAGCUCCUUAUCUUGAAUCUAAAAAGUUCACUGAACCUCAGUAUGAUAUUGAAGAAAUUUCAAAGUCAAGACCUAUAUUUAUACAACCUUUAAGUGAUCCUGCACCAUUGAAUGAGGGUAAAAAUGUUCAUUUGGAAUGUCGUCUUGAGCCUAUGGGUGAUCCUACAAUGAGAGUUGAAUGGUUCCAAAAUGGAAAACCUGUAACAGUUGGUUCAAGAUUCCGUACGUACUAUGAUUUUGGAUAUGUUGCUUUGGAUAUCAUACAUGUCACAUCAAUUGACUCUGGUGAAUACACUGUGAGAGCUACAAACCAUUUAGGAUCAGCUCAUACAUCUGCCUGUGUCAAUGUAUUAUGUCGAUCAGACAUUUUAACUGAAAGUCAAAAUGAGUAUGCAUUAGAGCAGAUACAAAUGUUAGAAGAUGCAUCAAGAUAUCAAAAAAUGACAAUUGAAGAAGAAAGUAUUAUGCAAGGGCCACAGUUCACUAAACCAUUACAUAAUAUACAGACAUCUGAAGGUACAAACGUACAUUUGGAAUGUAGAUUAAAACCGGUUGGGGAUCCAACUAUGAAAAUAGAUUGGCUGGUCAACGGACGUCCAGUCAAAACAGGGCAUAGGUUCCGCCCUGCAUAUGAUUUUGAUUAUGUAGCAUUAGAUUUGUUAAGUGUAUAUCCUGAAGAUUCUGGAGUGUAUACUUGCCAAGCUAGAAACGAAAUGGGUGAAGCUGUUACUUCUAGCUCAGUGAAAGUGAUUGCUAAACAGAAUUUAAUAUUAGAUUCACAACAUCCACAUGGUCUAGAAAAAAUACAAUAUCUAGAAGAUUCAGCGAGAUAUAAAAAAGCUGAAAUGAUUGAAGAAUCUGUUAAAAUAAGACCUCGUUUUUUGACCAAACCAAAGAAUGUAGAAAAUUUAAAAGAAGGACAGCAUGCUCAUUUUGAAUGUAAAUUAGAACCAGUCACUGAUUCUAACCUAGAAGUUCAGUGGUUUAAAAAUGGAAAACCAAUCAUUAUUGGCCAUCGCUUUAGACCUAUCCAUGAUUUUGGAUAUGUAGCCUUAGAUAUCAUAGAUGUCAUCGAAGAAGAUUCUGGAACUUACACAUGCCGUGCUGUUAAUUUACUUGGUGUUGAUGAAACAAAUGCUCAUCUAACAUGCAGAAGUUCAUCACAUAUUGUAACAGAAACUCAAAACGAAAUGGGUCUGGAACAAAUUCAAUAUCUUGAAGAAAAAUCUAGAUACCACAGAAGAGAAGACAUUGAAGAAACAACCACUCAGGCUCCAAUUUUCACUACUUCAUUGAAACAUUGUGAUAUUAAAGAAGGCCAACGAGCUCAUUUUGAAUGUAGAUUAAUUCCAGUAUCUGAUAACACCAUGAAAGUUGAAUGGUUCCACAAUAAUGUUCCAAUUAAAUUUGGAUCUCGAUUUACUGAAACCAAUAACUUUGGAUUUGUUGCAUUGGAUAUUCUUCAAUGUUUACCUGAAGAUUCUGGCACAUAUACAUGUCGUGCAACUAACUGGCUAGGACAAUCUAUAACAUCAGGAAAUCUCAACGUUCAAUCGAGAAAGUCAAUUUAUUUGGAAUCACAACAUGAAGAUGCAUUAGGUCGUUUAGCUCAGCUUGAAAACUCAAACCGUUAUCAGCGUCAAUCAAUUAUAGAAGAUGUAGUAACACAAGCUCCAGUAUUUACUCAACCUAUGAGAGAUAUUACUAUGAUUGAAAGUCAGCCUGCUCAUUUUGAAGCAAGAUUAAUACCAGUGGGUGAUGAUAAAUUAAAAGUAGAAUGGUUAAGAAAUGGAAUCCCUAUUCAAGCAUCUAAUCGUGUAUCAACAAUGCAUGAUUUUGGUUAUGUUGCUCUUAAUCUUAAAUAUGUUUAUCCUGAGGAUUCUGGUACUUACACAUGCAGGGCUAUAAAUGAUUUAGGACAAGCAGUUACCUCAGCCACACUGAAUGUGCAUUCUAAAGCUUCUCUUCAAUUGGAAAGUCAACACGAAGCAGCAUUAGAUAAAUUAAGACAGCUCGAGGAUUCUAGUAGGUACAAACGAGUAGAACAAAAAGAAGUGGAAGUUACUGAAGCGCCUAAGUUUAUUGUGCCAUUAAAUGGAACUGAAAGUUUGAUUGAAGGUCAAAGUGCCCAUUAUGAAUGCCGUAUAGAACCUUAUCCUGAUCAUACACUACAAUUAGAAUGGUUACAUAAUGGGAAACCAUUACAAACAGGACAUAGGUUUAGAACAACUUAUGAUUUUGGUUUUGCGUCAUUGGAUGUUUUAUCAGCUUUACCAGAAGAUUCUGGAGAAUAUACAUGUAGAGCUAUUAAUAAACUUGGAAGGGCUGAGUCAUCAGUUAAGCUAAGUGUUCAAUCUCGAGCAUCGAUUAUUAGUGAUACUCAACACCAAGGAGCUUUGAACAAAAUACAGUAUUUGGAAGAUGACUCUAGAUUUAAAAGAGCAGCUGCUGAAGAUGUUCUAAUGACAGAGAAACCACAAUUUGGACGACCUCUUAAGAAUAUAGAACAUCUUCCAGAGGGACGAAGUGUACAUCUUGAAGCUACAUUAAUACCAGUUAAUGACCCAACUAUGAAGGUUGAGUGGUUUAGAAACGGAAUACCAAUUCCUCAAGGCCACAGAUUUAAGACAGUUUAUGAUUUUGGAUUUGUUGCAUUGGAUGUACUUUAUGCUUAUCCUGAAGAUUCAGGUACAUACAUGUGCAAGGCCAAAAAUGUUGCGGGAGAAGCAGUCACUACUUGUAUUGUAACAGUCGAUUCUAAAUCUGGUCUUCAGUUAGACACAUUGGAUGAAGAUAGAUUAAAGAAGAUUAAACAACUUGAAGCUUAUGAAAGACCUACAGCUCAAGAAGCUGUAUUUGAACUUCAAAAACCAGUAUUCCUCACACCUCUUAACAGUCUUGAAUUACUAAAAGAAGGAGAACACGCUCAUUUAGAAACUCGAAUUGAACCAAUUAAUGAUGCUGAUUUGAAAAUUGAAUGGUUUGUUAAUGGAGUAGCAAUUAAAACGGGUCAUCGUUUCAAGACUACACAUGAUUUUGGAUAUGUUGCAUUAGAUAUUUUAUAUGCAUAUGCUGAAGAUUCCGGUACUUAUAUGUGUAAAGCCACCAAUAAAAAAGGAGAAGCAGUAAAUACUUGUCAAAUUAAUGUUGCCUCUCGUAGAAGUAUCUACUUAGAAACGCAGCAUCCUGAUGGAUUAGAAAAGAUUCGUGAACUUGAAGCUCAAGGGCGCCCAGCAAAACUUGAAAUUGAUGAGCCUCCACCAACAGCGCCAUCAUUAACCGAUCUAUGGGGCACUACUGAGGUAGCUGAAGGAAAAACAGCCCACUUUGAGUGUCAAGUUAAGCCUAUACACGAUUCUAAAUUGAAAGUUGAGUUCUUCCAUAAUGACAAACCACUUGGAUCUGCUUCUCGUUUCCAUACUACAUAUGACUUUGGUUACAUAUCUUUGGAUAUUGGCCAUGUUGUUCCUGAAGAUGCUGGAAAGUACACCGUUAAAGCUACCAAUGAAUUGGGUCAAGCCACUUCAAAUAUUAAUUUAUUAGUUCAAGGAGGUGGAAGUAUAAUUUUGGACUCUCAAAGACCUGAAGGAUUAGAAAAAAUAAAAGAGUUAGAAAUGGCUGUACCUUUCAAACGUGCAGAUUAUUCAGAACCUAUAUCAAAACAAAGACCAAUGUUCACACAACCUUUACAAAAUAUUGACAGCAUAAAUGAAGGACAAACAGCUCACUUUGAAUGUCGUCUCAUCCCAAUAGGCGAUUCAUCAAUGACGGUUGAAUGGUUUAGAAAUGAAAAACCAUUAGAAACAAGUUCAAGGAUUACAAAAACAUAUGACUUUGGUUAUAUAUCUCUAGAUAUUUCUCAUGUUAGAGAUGAAGAUAAUGGGGUAUAUAGUUGUAAAGCCACAAAUGCUCUUGGAGAGGCAGUUUCGACAGCCUCUAUGAGAGUUAGAACAAAAUCUGAUAUUCAGUUAGAGAGUCAACAUCCAGAAGGUCUUAAAAAAAUUGUUGAAUUAGAACGCGGUCAAGAACCGUUGAAGAGAGAAGAGGCAGAAAGAUCAUUUGAAAAACCAAUUUUCACACAACUUCUUACAGGUCCUUCAGAGCUUAUUGAAGGUCAACAUGCUCAUUUUGAGUGUAGAGUUGUACCAGUAGGUGACCCAACAUUACGUUUUGAGUGGUAUGUUAAUGGAGUCGAACUAAAAAUGGGUUCAAGAUUCCAUGUAACAAACGAUUUUGGUUUUGUAACAUUAGACAUCAGCUCAACUGUUGCAGAAGAUUCCGGAGUUUAUACAUGUAAAGCAAUUAACAGGGCUGGAGAAGCUGUUUCUUCCACUUCCAUGAAAAUAAAACAUCGUUCUUCAAUUAUUCAUGAACCAUUACAACCUGAUGCAUGGGAAAAAAUUCAGCUUAAAGAAGCAGAAAUGAAUAAAGUUCCUGAAAUGUUCAUUGAUACUAGACCACAACAAGCACCUGUUUUUACUUCACAUUUGCAAAAUCAAGAUCGUUUAGCUGAAGGUCAGCAUGUUCAUUUAGAAGCUCAAGUAGAACCUAGAGCAGAUCCUAAUCUUCGAAUUGAAUGGUUCAAAAAUGGAGUCGCAUUGACUACUGGUUCAAGAAUCCGUAGCACUUUUGAUUUUGGUUUAGUCACAUUAGCAAUAAAUAGUUUGAGACCAGAUGAUACAGCUAUCUAUACAUGCAAAGCAACAAACAUUUUGGGUGAAGCUGUUUCAACUUGUACAUUAAAAAUAUCGGAUAGUCAUUGGUUAAUAAGUAACACUUUACACCCUGAAUCUCUUUCGAAAAUUGAAGAUUUGGAAAAACCACAUGCUGGACGAGUUGAAGGACCAGAGCCAGUUUUUGAAAGUCCUGUUUUCAUUUCUCAUCUUAAUAACUGGGAAUGUAAAGAAGGAAAUGAUGUUCAUUUUGAAUGCCAAGUAGAACCUUCCAAAGAUCCGACUUUGAAAAUUGAUUGGUUUGUAAAUGGAAAACCACUUCAAAGUGCAGCUAGAUUCAAGUCGGCCUAUGAUUUUGGUUUUGUCACAUUAGAUAUACAUCACGCAUACUCAGAAGAUUCUGGAAUAUACACUUGUAGAGCUAGUAAUAGCAAAGGUCAGGCUGUAACUACUGGAACAUUAAAAUGUACAGGUCUCCAAGGCAUUCAUUUAGACACACAACAUCCACAAGGAAAAACUGGAUUAGAAAAAGUACAAAAAGUUGAAGAUAAUCUUGCUUCUAAAUAUCAACGUCAAACAUCUUUGCCUGAAGCAACUUUCCCAAAACCAAUAUUUGUUGUACCUCUUGAAGCUGAAUUCAUAUUAGCUGAAAGUAAACCACUGCAUUUGGAGGCACAAGUUGAACCCAAGAAUGACCCCAAUCUCAAAAUUGAAUGGUACUUUAAUGGGAAAGUACUUGAUUUAGGAUCACGCUUUAAGACAAACAACGAUUUUGGUUUUAUAAGUUUGGAUUUAACUGAUGUUUAUGAACGAGAUCAAGGAGUGUAUACCUGCAAAGCAUAUAAUCAUUCUGGAGAAACAUAUACUUCAACAACUGUAUAUUGCAGUAGCAACAAGGGAUUAAUCGAGCAUACACAACACCCAAAAGGAGAAGAAGGUUUGGAAAAAAUUCAAAGUUUAGAAGAAUCUCUACAAAGGCAAAAACAAGGAAUUACAGAUAAAGAGACUGGACAUGCUCCUGUUUUCACUUCACAAUUCAAAGAUCUUGGAUUUUUAAGUGAAGGUGAAAUUGCUCAUUAUGAAGCUUCAUUAACACCUGUUGGUGAUCAGAAAAUGGUUGUUGAAUGGUUCUACAAUGGAAAUGCUAUUGAAGCUAGUCAUCGUAUUCGUACAAUAUAUGCAUUUGGAAUGGUUGUUCUUGAAAUUCUUGGUACUAAAAUAGCUGAUACAGGAACUUACACUUGUAAAGCAACGAAUGAUUAUGGAUCUGCAGAGAUGAGUGUUACACUAGAAUGUGUUGAAAGAAUAACUGGUCAAAAACCAAAAUUCACUUCUCAAAUUCAGACUCUAGUUGGCUUAAAGGAUGGAGAUUCUGCACAUUUUGAAUGCACAUUAAUACCGGUCAAUGACCCAGAUUUAAAAGUAGAAUGGUUCCACAACGGUAAACCAUUAUUACACAAAAAUCGCGUAAAAAUGAUUUCCGAUUUUGGAUUUGUCGUCAUGGAUAUAGCAUAUAUACAAAACCACGAUUCUGGAGAAUAUAUAUGUAAAGCAAGCAAUAAAUAUGGCGAAGAUAUAACUAAAGCCACUAUCCAAUACUCUGGAAAAGGUGGUGUGUAUUUAGAUUCACUGCAACCUACUUCCUUAGCUAGAAUUCAAGAAUUAGAAAAUGCUACAGGACAACCAGUUGGAUUUGCAUCAUCUCCUGUAUCAGAAGCUCCUAAAUUUACAACUCAAUUGGUUGACAUAACAAAUUUGAAAGAAGGGCAAAGUGCCCACUUUGAAGCUCGAGUUACACCAGUGAACGAUCCAAAUCUUGUUGUUGAAUGGUAUUUCAAUGGUGAAAAGCUACAACAUGGUCAUAGAUUUAGAACAUUCCAUGAUUUUGGUAUAGUAAUAUUGGAUAUAUUGUAUUGUUAUGAAGAAAAUUCUGGUGUAUACGAGUGUAGAGCAUUUAAUAAAGCAGGAACUGAUACCACUAAGGCAAAUCUACGUUGUAGCUCCAAAACUAAUUUGAUCUUAGAUUCCCAACUUCCUCAAGGAAUGGAAGGAGGAUUAGAAAAAAUUCAAACUCUUGAAGAUUUAACCCUCAGAGUUAAAGAUGAAAAAGUUUCUGUGGAAAACCGUCAAGCUCCAAUGUUUACUGAACCAUUAUCCAAUAUUGAUAGUUUACGAGAAGGUGAAAGUGCACAUUUUGAAGGUCGUCUUACACCUGUUGAUGAUCCUAACUUAAAGGUCGAAUGGUUCUGGAAUGGAAAACCAUUAAAAGCAGGUUCUAGAUUCAGAACUUUCUGUGAAUUUGGUUUUGUUAUAUUGGAAAUAUCUCCAGUAUAUCCUGAAGAUUCUGGAGAAUAUUCAUGCCGAGCUUCCAAUCAUUAUGGUGAAGCUGUUACUACAGCUAGCAUGAAAGUUCAAGGAAAGAGAAGUAUCAUUGUGGAAUCGCAGCUUCCAAAAGGAAUGGACACUACUAUUGAUAGAAUUGCAGAACUUGAAGGUCUUGGAAAAUCAAGGGCACCUAUUGAAACUGAAGACGAUCUGGGAAGGGCACCAGAAUUCAUUACAACUCCAGCUGAUCUAAGUUUGUCAGAAAAUUCGUUGGCUCAUUUUGAAUGUAGACUUGUACCAUCAAAUGAUGCUAGUAUGACAGUUACUUGGUUCCAUAAUGGCAAAGUGUUAUCAGCGGGAUCACGCAUAAAAACAAUUAAUGAUUUUGGAUUUGUUAUCCUUGAAGUAGCUGGUGUUUAUAUUCGAGAUUCUGGUCUAUAUACUUGCAAGGCUACCAAUAAACAUGGAGAAGCAACAGUAACGUGUAAGUUACAAGUUAAAGGCCGGCAAGGUAUAGUUUUAGAACCUCAAUUGCCUAACACAUUCAGAUCUGGCACAAAAAGUAUUCAAAAGCUUGAAGAGAAUAUGUAUAAACGGGAAGAAAUAUUGGCUGAAGAUGAAAAACCAAAUCCUCCUAGAUUUACUGUAGAAUUGAAGGAUGCAUUGGAUGUACAAGAAGCCAAAUCCGUUCAUUUUGAAUGUAGAGUAGAACCAGUUAAUGACUCUACAUUAAGGAUUGAUUGGUUUUUCAAUGGAAAACCUUUCGCUACUGGUUCACGUGUACAUGUGAUAAAUGAUUUUGGAUUUAUAUCUUUGGACAUGGAUUAUGUUUACUCCCGAGAUUCUGGCGAAUAUAUAUGCCGUGCAACAAAUAAAUGGGGAACUGCUUUUACAAAAGCAAAAUUAACAUGCAUUGCCAAACAAAAUGUCAUAUUAGAGUCACAAUUACCAGAAGGCAUGAGUGGAGAAAAAUUAAAAGCGUUAGAGCAAGGGCCAGUACAAGAAAAAAAAAUCCAUGAUGAGAUAGAGGCAAUGCCACCAAAAUUCUUAUCUCAGAUUGAAUCAACAACAGUCGAAGAAGCAAGUUCUGUACAUUUUGAAACUAGAGUCGAGCCUAAAAAUGAUCCAAAAUUAAGAGUAGAGUGGUACAGAAAUGGGAAACCAUUACCUUCAGGGCAUAGAUACAAAUCUAUAUUUGAUUUGGGUUUUGUAUCUUUGGAUAUACUGUCUAUGUAUUCUGAAGAUUCAGGAGAGUACAUUUGCAGAGCUGUAAAUGAUCACGGUGAAGCCAUUACUAAAGCUAUGGUCACCUGCAAACAGCUCCCAACAAUAUUACUUCAAAAUCAAGUACCAAAAGGUAUGAAGAAAUCAGAAGCUUUGACUCAAAUGGAAGCAGCUAUUAAAAAAUACACAUCUGAGAUUCAUUUGACCAUAGAUGAUUUGUACGAAGUUGAAAAGAAACAACCACCAAGAUUUGUCACCCAAAUUAAAGAUCAGUUGUCAUUAGUUGAAAUGGAAUCAACCAAAUUCGAAUGUCAAUUAGCUCCAGUUGGUGACCCUAAUAUGAAGGUUGAGUGGUUCUUAAAUGGCAAACCAUUAAGACACAAGAAUAGAUUUAACCCAAUUUAUGAUUUUGGUUAUGUUGCAAUGAAUUUUGGUUGGAUAUAUCCUGAAGAUAGCGGUGAAUAUGUUUGUAGGGCUACUAAUUUAUAUGGACAAGAUGAAACAAGAGCCACUAUAAAAACAUCUGGUAAGCCAGGUAUCAUUUAUGACUCACAGCUUCCUAAAGGAAUGAAGAGUAUUGAAAAAAUAAGAGAAAUGGAAGCAUCGUGGCAAGUAACACCUGAAAUGAAAGAAGAAGAAGAAAAACGUAGAGAACCUCCACAAUUUGUAAGCAAACCAGAACCUGUCACUGUAUGUGAAGGUGAUUGGGCUAGAUUCUGUUGUAGAGUAACUGGUUUCCCAAGACCAAGAGUUAUGUGGCUAGUCAAUGGAAACACUGUGGUGAAUGGAAUGAGAUACAAAUUAAAUUACGAUGGAAUGUGGCAUCUUGACAUACCAAAGACAAGGCAAUAUGACCAUGGUAAAGUUGAAGUUAUUGCUAGAAAUGCAUGUGGAGAGACUCGCGUGGAAACAAUGCUCAUAGUGAAUUCAAGACAUGACGAUUACAGAGGAGUUUUGAAAAACUCACCUAGACCAUGGUACGACAGUGAUUUGGUGCAGUAUCAAAGAGAUCUUAAAGAGAAUGAACUAGAAAAAGUGUUUACUGAUAGAGCAUCAAAUGUUCAAAAUGUUGAUUAUAGUAAUAUGAUUAUAUCAACGGUUGGUGAUCAAAUGAAACAAAAACAAUUAAAUGAUUCAAAACCGGAAUGGACUGAAACUGUAAAACAAAAAAAAAAUGAGGAUUAUUAUAAUAAAUUGAGUAAAUUGGAAGGAGAUCAAGUGAUAAAAGAAGCAAGAAUCAGAGAAGCUAAUCAUCAAGUAUCAAUUGCAGGCGAGAAGUUGAAAACUACUAAAAAUAUGUCUAAAAAUUACGAAGAAUCUUUAGUUAGAGAUAAAAAAGAAGAAUUAAUGCCUUGGCAAACAACAAAGUUACUUAAAGCACGGGGUGAUCAAAGUCCACAAAUAAUACCGGAUCCGUCUGAAUCGUCUGUACACGGAAAAGAAAUUCAUGUAGCAAAACAGCAGCAAACUCAAAAAGAAAUACAAGGCGAUAAAGAAAUACGAAGAAAAAUUACUGCCACUGAGACAACUGAAGUUGAACACACACGUAAAAACCAAGAAAGGGUAGUUCAAGGAAAAGUUGAGCCGUCUAAACCGCCAAUAUUUACAACCAAAAUUCAACCCUGCCGUGCAUUCGAACAGGACCAAGCGCGUUUUGAGGUUGAAUUCGACGGUGAACCAUUACCCACGAUCAAAUGGUAUCGAGAAGACUUUUUAAUCCAAAACUCACCUGACUUCCAAAUACACACGUUUAGUACGAAGUCCAUACUAGUUAUUAGACAAGUAUUUAUGGAAGACUCUGGUGUGUUUGCUGUCAUCGCAGAGAACAGAGGUGGCAAGGCAAAAUGCAGUGCUAAUUUACUUGUCGAAGAACGUAAACAAGUUGGCAGGAAAGGACCCGGUCCACCGAGCUUCCUUAGUACUAUGCAAGGAUCAGUCGUGAAAGCCGGUCAAUUAGUCAGAUUUGACGUUAAAAUCAGCGCUAAUAAGCCACUGGACGUAUAUUGGUUAAAGAAUGGAAAGAAAAUCAGCCAGGACAUUCGUUACAAAACGGUGGAUGAAGAUAAUCAAUACACGCUCUUGAUCAUCGAGUCGGUUACUGAAGAUAGCGGAACCUAUGAGUGUGUAGCUAUUAACAAUUCUGGUGAAGCGAGGUGUGAAGCUCAGUUGGUUGUUCAACCCUUGGAACAGAAGGAUAAGCCUAAAUCAAAACCUAGUGGAAAAGAACAAGCACCAACAAUCACUCAACCGUUGUCCGGACAAGUGAUUCACGAGGGACAACCUGUGACGUUCAGCUGUAAAAUUUCUGGACAACCUCCAAUAACCAUAAAAUGGCAAAAAGGCGAUAAAGUGAUUAAACCAUCAAAAUAUUUCCGCAUGACGCAAGAUGGAGAAACUGUAUCACUUCAUAUAUCCGAAGUGUUCCCAGAGGACGAAGGCACGUACAAAUGUCUAGUUUCGAAUGCUGGUGGUCAGGCUGUCCUGUCAGCUAAUUUGAAAGUCAUUGUACCCGAAAAUCAAGACAUAGCUCCAACCUUGAGUCCGAUGAGAGAUGUCAUCGUUCCAGAAGGUAAUGCGGCUCAGUUCCGCACGCAAGUGUCGGGACAACCGUCACCGUCUGUACAAUGGUUCAGAGAAGGAAUACUUAUUCCCGAAACACCAGAUUUUAAGAUGAUGUAUGAAGGUAACAUGGCCGUUCUGUUGAUAACAUCGACAUAUGAAGAAGAUUCUGGUGUGUUCACGUGUCGUGCCACAAAUAGCGCUGGACAAGUAGAGACUUCGGCCAAACUUACGGUGAAAAGACAACGCGGGGUUACUUAUAAAACCGGUACAUUUGACGAUAAGGGUGUAGUGGAUAGUAUACAACUAAAUCAAGGGUUAGGAAAAACAAAAGAAAUAGGUUUAAAAACUUCUAUUAAAAAUAUUAAAACUGAUAAAAAGGGGAUAGAAACAAAUGAUAAUCUAUUACCAUGGAGAAAAGGAAUUUUAAUCGACAGAAUAAGAAAAACAUCAGUGGAAGCAAAAAGCUUAAUUACAGAGAAUGUAUUCAUUGAACCUACAGAAAUUGGUGAUUUAAUAACAGUAACACAAGAAGGUACAUUCAUAUAUACAUACGUUACGGAACAGAUAUUUACUUUAAUUCAAAACAAAAUUGAUACUAAAGAUGUAGAAAAGGCAAAACAAAUAAUAAAUCAAGUUUUGGUAAAAAAAAUGAAACAGGGCGAUAUCGUGAGUUUAAAUGAAAACGAUAAAAAUGAUAUAGUUGGCGAGGUAACAAAUAAGUUAACACAAUUAUAUACAACAAAAGUAAAUAAUAAAUCGUUAGCAAAGGAUAUAUUGAACAAAGUAUUAACACGAACAAUGGAAAAAGAACAAAUAAUUCAACCAUAUACUUCAGAGCAACAAAAACAAGAUGAAAAAUUUGUAACAACAACACAAAUGAUUUUAAAAAAUAAAAAACAAAAGGAAACUUCACAAACAUCGGAAGAAUUGAUAAAACAAAAUAAAACGAAAAUCAUUAAACAAGACAUAAAAUCGGAAGAUAAAAUUCUUAAUCAAAAAAACCAAUUUUAUUUCGGAGAACAGCAACAUGAAAAUUAUGAAAUCGUCCCAGAUGAAUACAAACCCAAAUUAAAAACUGAAAAUAUUGAGAACAUUGAAACAAAAAGUCAAUUAAUUAAAAAUCUGGACUACAACACCAGACCGUGGUUAAUAAAUCCAAAUGUAGAAAAAACCUGUUCAAAAAAUGAUUAUUCACCAAAACAUGAGGAUACAUUGAAAAAUGAAAAGGAAACAACAAACGAAAACUUACCAGAAAAAGUAAAAACAAAACAUAUUAAUCCUUGGACGGAGGAAAAAAUAAAUUUAAGAAAACUUGAAACAUCAAAACUUGAUGAAAACAGUAUUACAACUAAUAAUAAACCAAAAAGAAGAGAAGAAAGAAAUGAAUUGAAAGAAAUGAAAGAUAAAAAAACAUCUAUCCCUUGGACAGAAGAAAAUGUAAAACUAAAAAAAACAUCUACUGAAAAACAGAGUUUAACUAAAAAAACUGUAGAAGAUAUAACACUAAAACCAACAAAAAACUAUAACAAUAAAGAUCAACUAAACAAUGAAAAUGAUCAAAUACAUAAAGAUAUUGAUGAAAAAGAAACAAAACCAAUUAAGGAAGUAGUUAAUGCACCAUUAGCUCAAAUCAGUAAUAAAACUCAAAAGAAAUCAGGAGCCCCAUGGACGGAAGAGACCGUCACUCUAAAGAAGACCAAAACUCAAAAGCAACCGUUGGCCAAAGAAUCGGUUGAAGAGGUCACUCUUAAACCAAUAAAGAAGCCAUUGGUUGAAGAUAUCCCAUUAUCGGAGGAAACUCCAAUGACAGAAACAACUGAAAUAGUUGAAACCGUAGUGGAAAAAGGAAGAAGACGUCGUGUCAGGAAAAUUAAAACUGACGGAAAGGAAGAGGUCGAAGAAACUGACGAGGUUGUCGAAGAGAAACCGACAAUUGAAAAUGUCGAAGAUAUGCCCGUCGAAGACGUGCCUACUGAACCACAAAGAAAGCCAUCUGUGCCAUGGACGGAAGAGACCGUCACUCUAAAGAAGACCAAAACUCAAAAGCAACCGUUGGCCAAAGAAUCGGUUGAAGAGGUCACUCUUAAACCAAUAAAGAAGCCAUUGGUUGAAGAUAUCCCAUUAUCGGAGGAAACUCCAAUGACAGAAACAACUGAAAUAGUUGAAACCGUAGUGGAAAAAGGAAGAAGACGUCGUGUCAGGAAAAUUAAAACUGACGGAAAGGAAGAGGUCGAAGAAACUGACGAGGUUGUCGAAGAGAAACCGACAAUUGAAAAUGUCGAAGAUAUGCCCGUCGAAGACGUGCCUACUGAACCACAAAGAAAGCCAUCUGUGCCAUGGACGGAAGAGACCGUCACUCUAAAGAAGACCAAAACUCAAAAGCAACCGUUGGCCAAAGAAUCGGUUGAAGAGGUCACUCUUAAACCAAUAAAGAAGCCAUUGGUAGAAGAUAUCCCAUUAUCGGAGGAAACUCCAAUGACAGAAACAACUGAAAUAGUUGAAACCGUAGUGGAAAAAGGAAAAAGACGUCGUGUCAGGAAAAUUAAAACUGACGGAAAGGAAAAGGUCGAAGAAACUGACGAGGUUGUCGAAGAGAAACCGACAAUUGAAAAUGUCGAAGAUAUGCCCGUCGAAGACGUGCCUACUGAACCACAAAGAAAGCCAUCUGUGCCAUGGACGGAAGAGACCGUCACUCUAAAGAAGACCAAAACUCAAAAGCAACCGUUGGCCAAAGAAUCGGUUGAAGAGGUCACUCUUAAACCAAUAAAGAAGCCAUUGGUUGAAGAUAUCCCAUUAUCGGAGGAAACUCCAAUGACAGAAACAACUGAAAUAGUUGAAACCGUAGUGGAAAAAGGAAGAAGACGUCGUGUCAGGAAAAUUAAAACUGACGGAAAGGAAGAGGUCGAAGAAACUGACGAGGUUGUCGAAGAGAAACCGACAAUUGAAAAUGUCGAAGAUAUGCCCGUCGAAGACGUGCCUACUGAACCACAAAGAAAGCCAUCUGUGCCAUGGACGGAAGAGACCGUCACUCUAAAGAAGACCAAAACUCAAAAGCAACCGUUGGCCAAAGAAUCGGUUGAAGAGGUCACUCUUAAACCAAUAAAGAAACCAUUGGUUGAAGAUAUCCCAUUAUCGGAGGAAACUCCAAUGACAGAAACAACUGAAAUAGUUGAAACCGUAGUGGAAAAAGGAAGAAGACGUCGUGUCAGGAAAAUUAAAACUGACGGAAAGGAAGAGGUCGAAGAAACUGACGAGGUUGUCGAAGAGAAACCGACAAUUGAAAAUGUCGAAGAUAUGCCCGUCGAAGACGUGCCUACUGAACCACAAAGAAAGCCAUCUGUGCCAUGGACGGAAGAGACCGUCACUCUAAAGAAGACCAAAACUCAAAAGCAACCGUUGGCCAAAGAAUCGGUUGAAGAGGUCACUCUUAAACCAAUAAAGAAGCCAUUGGUAGAAGAUAUCCCAUUAUCGGAGGAAACUCCAAUGACAGAAACAACUGAAAUAGUUGAAACCGUAGUGGAAAAAGGAAAAAGACGUCGUGUCAGGAAAAUUAAAACUGACGGAAAGGAAAAGGUCGAAGAAACUGACGAGGUUGUCGAAGAGAAACCGACAAUUGAAAAUGUCGAAGAUAUGCCCGUCGAAGACGUGCCUACUGAACCACAAAGAAAGCCAUCUGUGCCAUGGACGGAAGAGACCGUCACUCUAAAGAAGACCAAAACUCAAAAGCAACCGUUGGCCAAAGAAUCGGUUGAAGAGGUCACUCUUAAACCAAUAAAGAAGCCAUUGGUUGAAGAUAUCCCAUUAUCGGAGGAAACUCCAAUGACAGAAACAACUGAAAUAGUUGAAACCGUAGUGGAAAAAGGAAGAAGACGUCGUGUCAGGAAAAUUAAAACUGACGGAAAGGAAGAGGUCGAAGAAACUGACGAGGUUGUCGAAGAGAAACCGACAAUUGAAAAUGUCGAAGAUAUGCCCGUCGAAGACGUGCCUACUGAACCACAAAGAAAGCCAUCUGUGCCAUGGACGGAAGAGACCGUCACUCUAAAGAAGACCAAAACUCAAAAGCAACCGUUGGCCAAAGAAUCGGUUGAAGAGGUCACUCUUAAACCAAUAAAGAAGCCAUUGGUUGAAGAUAUCCCAUUAUCGGAGGAAACUCCAAUGACAGAAACAACUGAAAUAGUUGAAACCGUAGUGGAAAAAGGAAAAAGACGUCGUGUCAGGAAAAUUAAAACUGACGGAAAGGAAAAGGUCGAAGAAACUGACGAGGUUGUCGAAGAGAAACCGACGAUUGAAGAAAUCGAAGAUAUGCCCGUCGAAGACGUGCCUACUGAACCACAAAGAAAGCCAUCUGUGCCAUGGAGGGAAAAGACCGUCACUCUAAAGAAGACCAAAACUCAAAAGCAACCGUUGGCCAAAGAAUCGGUUGAAGAGGUCACUCUUAAACCAAUAAAGAAGCCAUUGGUUGAAGAUAUCCCAUUAUCGGAGGAAACUCCAAUGACGGAAACAACUGAAAAAGUUGAAACCGUAGAGGAAAAAGGAAGAAGGCGUCGUGUCAGGAAAAUUAAAACUGACGGAAAGGAAGAGGUAGAAGAAACUGUCGAGGUUGUCGAAGAGAAACCGACAGUUGAAGAAGUCGUACAUAAACCGACGAUUGAAGAAAUCGAAGAUAUGCCCGUAGAAGACGUGCCUACUGAACCACAAAGAAAGCCAUCUGUGCCAUGGAGGGAAGAGACCGUCACUCUAAAGAAGACCAAAACUCAAAAGCAACCGUUGGCCAAAGAAUCGGUUGAAGAGGUCACUCUUAAACCAAUAAAGAAGCCAUUGGUUAAAGAUAUCCCAUUAUCGGAGGAAACUCCAAUGACAGAAACAACUGAAAUAGUUGAAACCGUAGAGGAAAAAGGAAGAAAGCGUCGUGUCAGGAAAAUUAAAACUGACGGAAAGGAAGAGGUAGAAGAAACUGUCGAGGUUGUCGAAGAGAAACCGACAGUUGAAGAAGUGGUACAUAAACCGACGAUUGAAGAAAUCGAAGAUAUGCCCGUAGAAGACGUGCCUACUGAACCACAAAGAAAGCCAUCUGUGCCAUGGAGGGAAGAGACCGUCACUCUAAAGAAGACCAAAACUCAAAAGCAACCGUUGGCCAAAGAAUCGGUUGAAGAGGUCACUCUUAAACCAAUAAAGAAGCCAUUGGUUGAAGAUAUCCCAUUAUCGGAGGAAACUCCAAUGACAGAAACAACUGAAAUAGUUGAAACCGUAGAGGAAAAAGGAAGAAGACGUCGUGUCAGGAAAAUUAAAACUGACGGAAAGGAAGAGGUAGAAGAAACUGUCGAGGUUGUCGAAGAGAAACCGACAAUUGAAAAUGUCGAGGAUAUGCCCGUCGAAGACGUGCCUACUGAACCACAAAGAAAGCCAUCUGUGCCAUGGAGGGAAGAGACCGUCACUCUGAAGAAGACCAAAACUCAAAAGCAACCGUUGGCCAAAGAAUCGGUUGAAGAGGUCACUCUUAAACCAAUAAAGAAGCCAUUGGUUGAAGAUAUCCCAUUAUCGGAGGAAACUCCAAUGGCAGAAACAACUAAAAUAGUUGAAACCGUAGAGGAAAAAGGAAGAAGACGUCGUGUCAGGAAAAUUAAAACUGACGGAAAGGAAGAGGUAGAAGAAACUGUCGAGGUUGUCGAAGAGAAACCGACAGUUGAAGAAGUGGUACAUAAACCGACGAUUGAAGAAAUCGAAGAUAUGCCCGUAGAAGACGUGCCUACUGAACCACAAAGAAAGCCAUCUGUGCCAUGGAGGGAAGAGACCGUCACUCUAAAGAAGACCAAAACUCAAAAGCAACCGUUGGCCAAAGAAUCGGUUGAAGAGGUCACUCUUAAACCAAUAAGGAAGCCAUUGGUUGAAGAUAUCCCAUUAUCGGAGGAAACUCCAAUGACAGAAACAACUGAAAUAGUUGAAACCGUAGUGGAAAAAGGAAGAAGACGUCGUGUCAGGAAAAUUAAAACUGACGGAAAGGAAGAGGUCGAAGAAACUGACGAGGUUGUCGAAGAGAAACCGACAAUUGAAAAUGUCGAAGAUAUGCCCGUCGAAGACGUGCCUACUGAACCACAAAGAAAGCCAUCUGUGCCAUGGAGGGAAGAGACCGUCACUCUGAAGAAGACCAAAACUCAAAAGCAACCGUUGGCCAAAGAAUCGGUUGAAGAGGUCACUCUUAAACCAAUAAAGAAGCCAUUGGUUGAAGAUAUCCCAUUAUCGGAGGAAACUCCAAUGGCAGAAACAACUGAAAUAGUUGAAACCGUAGAGGAAAAAGGAAGAAGACGUCGUGUCAGGAAAAUUAAAACUGACGGAGAGGAAGAGGUAGAAGAAACUGUCGAGGUUGUCGAAGAGAAACCGACAGUUGAAGAAGUCGUACAUAAACCGACGAUUGAAGAAAUCGAAGAUAUGCCCGUAGAAGACAUGCCUACUGAACCACAAAGAAAGCCAUCUGUGCCAUGGAGGGAAGAGACCGUCACUCUAAAGAAGACCAAAACUCAAAAGCAACCGUUGGCCAAAGAAUCGGUUGAAGAGGUCACACUUAAACCAAUAAAGAAGCCAUUGGUUAAAGAUAUCCCAUUAUCGGAGGAAACUCCAAUGACAGAAACAACUGAAAUAGUUGAAACCGUAGAGGAAAAAGGAAGAAGACGUCGUGUCAGGAAAAUUAAAACUGACGGAAAGGAAGAGGUAGAAGAAACUGUCGAGGUUGUCGAAGAGAAACCGACAGUUGAAGAAGUGGUACAUAAACCGACGAUUGAAGAAAUCGAAGAUAUGCCCGUAGAAGACGUGCCUACUGAACCACAAAGAAAGCCAUCUGUGCCAUGGAGGGAAGAGACCGUCACUCUAAAGAAGACCAAAACUCAAAAGCAACCGUUGGCCAAAGAAUCGGUUGAAGAGGUCACUCUUAAACCAAUAAGGAAGCCAUUGGUUGAAGAUAUCCCAUUAUCGGAGGAAACUCCAAUGACAGAAUCAACUGAAAUAGUUGAAACCGUAGUGGAAAAAGGAAGAAGACGUCGUGUCAGGAAAAUUAAAACUGACGGAAAGGAAGAGGUCGAAGAAACUGACGAGGUUGUCGAAGAGAAACCGACAAUUGAAAAUGUCGAAGAUAUGCCCGUCGAAGACGUGCCUACUGAACCACAAAGAAAGCCAUCUGUGCCAUGGAGGGAAGAGACCGUCACUCUGAAGAAGACCAAAACUCAAAAGCAACCGUUGGCCAAAGAAUCGGUUGAAGAGGUCACUCUUAAACCAAUAAAGAAGCCAUUGGUUGAAGAUAUCCCAUUAUCGGAGGAAACUCCAAUGACGGAAACAACUGAAAUAGUUGAAACCGUAGAGGAAAAAGGAAGAAGGCGUCGUGUCAGGAAAAUUAAAACUGACGGAAAGGAAGAGGUAGAAGAAACUGUCGAGGUUGUCGAAGAGAAACCGACAGUUGAAGAAGUCGUACAUAAACCGACGAUUGAAGAAAUCGAAGAUAUGCCCGUCGAAGACGUGCCUACUGAACCACAAAGAAAGCCAUCUGUGCCAUGGAGGGAAGAGACCGUCACUCUAAAGAAGACCAAAACUCAAAAGCAACCGUUGGCCAAAGAAUCGGUUGAAGAGGUCACUCUUAAACCAAUAAAGAAGCCAUUGGUUGAAGAUAUCCCAUUAUCGGAGGAAACUCCAAUGACAGAAACAACUGAAAUAGUUGAAACCGUAGAGGAAAAAGGAAGAAGACGUCGUGUCAGGAAAAUUAAAACUGACGGAAAGGAAGAGGUAGAAGAAACUGUCGAGGUUGUCGAAGAGAAACCGACAAUUGAAAAUGUCGAAGAUAUGCCCGUCGAAGUUGUGUCUACUGAACCACAAAGAAAGCCAUCUGUGCCAUGGAGGGAAGAGACCGUCACUCUGAAGAAGACCAAAACUCAAAAGCAACCGUUGGCCAAAGAAUCGGUUGAAGAGGUCACUCUUAAACCAAUAAAGAAGCCAUUGGUUGAAGAUAUCCCAUUAUCGGAGGAAACUCCAAUGACUGAAACAACUGAAAUAGUUGAAACCGUAGAGGAAAAAGGAAGAAGGCGUCGUGUCAGGAAAAUUAAAACUGACGGAAAGGAAGAGGUAGAAGAAACUGUCGAGGUUGUCGAAGAGAAACCGACAUUUGAAGAUGUCGAAGAUAUGCCUGUCGAAGACGUGCCUAUUGAACCACAAAGAAAGCCAUCUGUGCCAUGGAGGGAAGAGACCGUCACUCUGAAGAAGACCAAAACUCAAAAGCAACCGUUGGCCAAAGAAUCGGUUGAAGAGGUCACGCUUAAACCAAUUAAGAAACCGGUGGUGGAUGAUAUCCCACUAGUUGAGAAAGUUACAGAUUAUGAUAAUAUAAAUGUUGAUAAACAUAUUGUUCAAGAUGUUGUGGAUAUGAAUACCGGAAAUGUCGUUGUAGAUGAUCAUCCCAUUAUUAAGAUAAGAUUCCUGAAGCAUGAAGAUAUGUUGAGGGAAGAUGCAACUAAUAAGCCGGAUGCAAUUGUUUGUGCUCAAAAAGUUAUUUCAAUUCCUAAAGAAAAGGUGAAAAAGAAAAAGAAACAUGUACAAUUAAAUGAAGAUAUGAACCAGGAAAAGGAAUUUUCCCCCGAUGAUGAGGUUAGUGCAUUGAAUGAUGAGGAGCUACCAUGUUCUAAUGUAUCAGACGCAAAGGAUCUUUUGGGAAUUCUUAAAUCUACGGAUGACGUUUUGACAGAUUAUAAUAUUGCUCUCAAGGUUGAUGAGUUCCCUACAGAUAUUUCUUUGAAGUCUAAAAAUAUAACAGAACAGAAGAUCCCAAAGAAAUUAUUAAGUGAAAAAUUGGAACUUCCUUGGAGAAGAGGUCGUAAGGAUACCGAUACUGAUGUUGUUGGUGAUGAUAUUAAGGAUGACACACAUUCACUUACUCCUAAAAAAGAACAGUUGAAUGUUGUAGAAGUGAAAACACUACAGCCGAAAUCGUUAGAUGUUGAAAAUAAACCACUUUUUGCUACAAUAAAACUUAAAAAAGCUUCACCGAAGAAAACAAAAGAUAUGGAACCUUUAGCAGUUCCUAAAGUUCAACUUAAAUCUCAUUUAUAUAGAGUGGAACUUAAUACGAAUGAACAUUUUCCUACAAUUUCAUUGUUGGAGCCUGUUUUUGUAGACAAUGGGGUUCUUUCUAGAAACUAUGCUGAGGCUAUGAAAAUUAAAAAAACAAAACCAAAAAAAUUAGUCCUUCCUGAACUAGAACCAGUUAUUCUUGAAAAGUAUGAACCAACUGACUUCCAUUACGAUAAAAAGGAAACACCGCAAACACAUCCGUCUUUACCAAUACAACCACUUAAAAAGAAAAUUCUAGAUGAAGAAACCCCAAAAAAAUUAGUUAUUGGAAAAGGAAAAAUUCCCACUCAGAAUGAUGAUGAAGAGAAAGUGUUAUUAAAAAAAAUACCCCAAAAACCAGUCGAGGAGAAAGUGGAUAUACCGAAGCCAAUUGAAAAACCACAAUUUAAACCAGAACCUGAUUUAAAACCGUCCGAAGACAAAGAUUUUACAUUAGAGCCAUUUAAACCUAUACCAGUUGGCGAAAGUUUUGAAGAGGGUGAGCCAACACCGAUUAAAAAUGAUAGUUCCCCUGAUAUAGAAAUGCCGACUAAAAAACCCAAAUAUAUUAGAAAAAAAAUAAAGAAAGAAGAAGAGCCUAUUUCUGAUAAGAAAAUAAUACCUGGAACACCAAAGCCUGUUCCAUCAGUUGAAGAUAAUGAUAUAAAUCUCAAGUAUAAACAAGGGAAACCAGAACCAGAAAUACCUGAAGAAAUAAAAUUAAAACCAUUUUUAAUAGAAAAACCAACGGUUACGACAGAACCAGAAGGUAUUGAUUUGGGUAAACCUGAACCAUUUGAAUAUCCAAGAGAUGAUGAACUAGUGAAGCCUCAAUACUUAAGGUCUAAACCAGAGAAAAAAAUGAAAAAGAAAAAGCCUGUGAAAACUGUUGAUCAUCAGAUAACAACAGAUGAUAAUGACGGUACAUCCCAGCCAUUACCUAUUGUAAAAGAGAAACCUGUACUCGAAGAAAUGGUAACCGUUAAUGUGAAACCCGUUAAAGUUGUUUCUGUUGAGUUAGAUAAUAAACCUUUAUUAGCAACUAUCAAACUCAAGAAAGCACCUUCUAAAUCAAAGAGUGAUGUCGACCAUGUUAAAAUCCCAAAAGUACUAUUAAAAUCUCAUUUAAAAAAUAUUGAAUACAAUACACAUGAACAUUUUCCUACAAUUUCAUUGUUGGAGCCUGUUUUUGUAGACAAUGGAGUUCUUUCUAGAAACUACGCUGAGGCUAUGAAAAUUAAAAAAACAAAACCAAAAAAAUUAGUCCUUCCUGAACUAGAACCAGUUAUUCUUGAAAAAUAUGAACCAACUGACUUCCAUUACGAUAAAAAGGAAACACCGCAAACACAACCGUCUUUACCAAUACAACCACUUAACAAGAAAAUUCUAGAUGAAGAAACCCCCAAAAAAUUAGUUAUUGGAAAAGGAAAAAUUCCCACUCAGAAUGAUGAUCAAGAGAAAGUGUUAUUAAAAAAAAUACCUCAAAAACCAGUCGAGGAAAAAGUGGAUAUACCGAAGCCAAUUGAAAAACCUCAAUUUAAACCAGAACUUGAUUUAAAACCGUCCGAAGACAAAGAUUUUACAUUGGAGCCAUUUAAACCUAUACCAGUUGGCGAAAGUUUUGAAGAGGGUGAGCCAACACCGAUUAAAAAUGAUAGUUCCCCUGAUAUAGAAAUGCCGACUAAAAAACCCAAAUAUAUUAGAAAAAAAAUAAAGAAAGAAGAAGAGCCUAUUUCUGAUAAGAAAAUAAUACCUGGAACACCAAAGCCUGUUCCGUCAGUUGAAGAUAAUGAUAUAAAUCUCAAGUAUAAACAAGGGAAACCAGAACCAGAAAUACCUGAAGAAAUAAAAUUAAAACCUAUUCCCAUAAAAAAACCUUUAGAUAAUAAAGAAAUUGAUGAUGAUGGAGUAGGAAAACCUAAGCCUUUUAUGAGUGAUUUACCUAAAAUUGAUAUAAAUUCCAAGUCCAAAAAGUCACCUUUACCGAAAUCGAUAAGUGUUGAUAGCCCUUUGCAAGAUCUUGAAAUUGUUAGUAUAAAAAGAAGUGAGGAAGUUCCUGAGCAAAAAGUGACUGAGAAUGAAACUGUAGCACCCUAUUUUAUUGAAAAAGUGCAACCAUUAGUAGCAGAACAUGAAAAGCCUACUGCUUUUACAUGCUCUGUGGGGGGAGUCCCUUCACCUGAAGUCAAAUGGUACCGGGACGAUCGUGAACUACAAACAACUGAUGUUUACGAAAUUAUUGUAUAUGAGAACACAUCUACAUUAAGGAUUUCUAAACCUACAGAAGAACAGGCUGGCGUUUAUGUUUGCCAAGCUACGAAUUCAGCUGGCAUCUCAACUUGUACUGCACUUCUAGUGGUGUUAGAUUCUGAAGAAAUUGGUGAAGCUCCAAUUUUUAUGGAACCUAUUAAACCUAGAAAAGUUCGGGGAAAAAAAUCUAUUCAACUAAGGUGUAUUGUAAAAGGAAUUCCUAUACCUGAAAUUAUUUGGUGUCGUGAAAAUGAAGAAAUAAUUUCUGAUGACGACGAGUAUAUAACUUCGUUUGAUUCUAAAACUGGUGAAGCCAUUUUAACAUUAGUAAAUCCUAUUGAUGUUGACCGAUCAACAUAUCUAGCUAGAGCAGUAAAUAUUCACGGAAAAUCUGAAUGCAUGGCACAUAUUACAUUUGAAAAAGAGGAAUAUGGAGAAGCGCCUAAGUUUGUAGAACGGUUGAAGCCGAAAGUUGUGAAAGCCAAUGAAACAACUGUACUCACAUGCUUAGUCAAAGGUGUUCCAUCGCCAACGGUUGUAUGGUGCCGCGAUGAUGAAGAAAUUACACCAGAUGACAGUCAUUUGUUAAUUUACAUUCCUGAAACUGGAGAAUCUAAACUUACAAUUGUACAUCCUGAUGAUAUUGAUGAAUCAACGUACACAGUUAAUGCAACGAAUAAAUUUGGAAGGGCUGAGUGUAGAGCAAAUUUAAUAGUUCAAAAAGAUGAAAUUGGCGAAGCGCCGACAUUCGUACAACCAGUAAAACCAAAAAUCGCCAAAUUAAAUGAAAUAACUGAACUUAAAUGUACAGUAAGAGGAACACCAAACCCGUUGGUAAUUUGGUGUCGUGGAAACGAAGAAAUUAUUCCUGACGAAAGUCAUUUGAUCACAUACCAUCAGGAAACCGGGGAAUCGAUCUUAACAAUUUUAAAUCCAUCUGAAAUUGAUGAAACUAUUUAUACCAUAAACGCCGUCAAUAAAUAUGGCCAAGCACAAUGCCGUGCAAAUCUAAUUAUUCAAAAAGAUGAAUCGGGUGAAGCACCAAUGUUCAUAGAACCGAUAAAACCAAAAAUCGCCAAAGCUAAUGCGUCUACUGAAUUAAAUUGUUUGGUUCGAGGAAUACCUACACCAACAGUUGUUUGGUUUAGAGGUGAUGUAGAAAUAAUUCCAGAUAACAUUCAUUCAAUAACGUUUAUACCAGAGACGGGUGAAUCAAAACUUAUUAUUUCAAAGGUCACAGAAGUUGAUCAAAAUACGUACACUGUAAAAGCAACUAACAAAUAUGGUAGAGCUCAAUGCCGGGCAAAUGUAAUUAUACAAGAAGACGUUUUCGGUGUAGCUCCAACUUUUGUUGAGCCCAUAAAACCCGUAUUAGCAAAACCAGAUCAAACAACUGUUUUACGUUGUUUGGUGACUGGUAACCCAGUUCCAACUAUAGUUUGGUGUCGUGGAAAGGACGAAAUUGUUCCUGAUGACAUGCAUACAAUUCAGUUUAUUCCAGAAACUGGAGAAUCUACUUUGACCAUAGAAAAAGCAGCAACAAUUGACGAAACGCAUUAUUCAGUAGAAGCAAUUAACAAAUUUGGAAGAGCUAGAUGCAGAGCUAAUUUAGUUUUAGAAAAAUAUGAUACUGGAAUCGCUCCUGCAUUUGUCGUUCCGAUUAAACCUAAAGCCGUUAAGCCAACCGAAUCUGUAGAACUAAGUUGCGUCGUUUCCGGAACACCAAUGCCAACCGUCGUAUGGUGUCGCGGGGAUGAACAACUCAUGCCUGACGAAAGUCAUAUCAUAUCUUAUACACCAGAGACUGGCGAAUCCAAGCUAACGAUUUGUAACGCCACGGAAUUGGACGUAAAUGAUUAUACAGUAAAAGCAGUCAACGAUUUUGGUGCGGCCCAGUGCAGAGCCAAUCUGAUUAUAGACGAAAUCGUUGAUGAAAUACCUAAGUCGUGUGAAGAAGCACCAUGCAUAACGAAACCUUUGCAACCCGUCAUAGCAAAAAAAGACUCGUGUGUGACGUUAGACGUGCAUUUCAGAGGAACUCCCGAGUUAAAAGUUCGGUGGUUCCAUAAUGGUAAAGACAUAACUGAUAAAAAAACGUUUGUUCGCACCUUAACUAUAACAGAGACCACGACCGUAAUAACUAUAAAGAAAAUUACUAAGAAAACCACUGGACGUUAUGAAGUCGUGGUUACUAAUAAUCGCGGGGAAGCGAAGACUUCUACUACAGUAUCAAUUGAUGAUGUAGACGAGACAAUCGAGAAAGACGAGACUACAGUCGGGAAAACGCCGUACUUUGAGACGGAACUGCAAACGGAAACAAUAUGGGAAGAUGAGGAGGAGAAAGAAAAGAAAACCACAAUGUGCCUCGUUGUAAAGGUAAAGGGUACUCCCAAGCCUAAGAUCCUUUGGUAUGAGAGUGGUAAAGAAAUAACGCCCAAUGAAGACUUCCAAAUUGAAGAACACGAUGAAGGAGUAUCCUUGUUAACGAUCAAGAAAAGGCCAACAGAGAGCGUUCGGGAAAUUACAUGCGAAGCUACAAACGAGCUCGGAACGGUCGCUACCAGGACUCUAGUAGUUUCAGGUAUCAAAGGGACGAAAGCAUACAGGAAGCCAUCGUGGGUGACCCAGAUGGAAGAGUUACGGGAACAAUUGCAAGCUUUUCAAAGUUUACCGAGCUUUGUAAACGAAUUAAAGGACGAGCGAGCAGUUGAAAACGAAACGAUUGUGUUUGAAUGCCAAUUUUCAGGAAAUCCUAUACCCGUAAUAAUAUGGUAUCACGAUGACAAAAUUGUCAGAAAUUCAUCUAAUGUUCAAGUUAAGAUCACCGACACCAAAACAACAUUGACUAUUAAAAGAGCAACUAAGGAAGAUGAAGGUGUUUAUAUUUGCAAAGCAAACAGCAAUUUAGGAGAAGCUAAAAAUAAAGCAAAACUUUAUGUUAAAAAACUUGGAGAAGAAACAUUCACGGCUACCGAAGAAGAAGUGGAAGAAAAAGAAGUAGAAGAAGUGAAGAAAACGAAAAAAACAAAAAAGAAAACUAUAAAGAAGAAACAUAAAAAGGAAUCUGAAUCAUUCGAUGAAACAGAAAUAAAAGAAUCAACUACUUCUAAAACGGUAGAGGGGAAACCGUUGUUACCGGAACGCGAACCGUUAUCCACGUCAGAAACAAUUUCUGACGAGACGGUCAGGGAAAUUCGUGGACCCGAAUUUAUUCACGCAAAACCCAUCGAAGAACCUGCUUUGUUCACGGCACUUAAGAUCCGGAAGCCCACAGUGGUCAAUGAAGUUGAACAAGUUUUAGAUCAAGUGGAACUGGCUGAGUUUGGACCGGCUGAAUGUCCAUUACGAGAAUUGGCCACUAUUGAUGUACUUACUCGACAUGGCAUAUCGAUAGAACAGGUGAUCGAAGAGUACACGUCCGGUCAGUUCCCUGCGCUGAGGACCGCGCCAGCUCAAUCAGCCAUGGUGCACUUAAUCGAACGUGAAGGGUACACAUCACUCGUGGCUGACGUUUUCACUAAAGAAUCAACCAUACCUGAAACCGUCAAUGAAGUGUUUAAGGCAUUCAUGACAAUGGUCGAGUUGAAACACAGUACACUGGAAGAGAUCAUUACUUACUUGAUGCCAGAAGAUUUCCAAACCAGCACCUGGGAUUUGGAACACGCAUCUCAAAUUACUACAGAUGAUACGAUCACCGAAACAGCUGAUAUCAGCGAAUCUAUAAAUAUAUUAGUAAACGAAGUUAAGAAGAAAACACGUUCGACAAAGAGAUUAGUUAAGACAAGUGAAGAGAGUUUAUCAAUUGAAAAUGAACAAGUAAAGAAAGUUAUGGAUUAUAGCAAUAUUAAGAUUACUGAUAAUACCAUAGUUGAAUUAUCAGAAGACAAACCGAUCAAAACGGAAAAAUGUAUAAAACAAAACAAAAAUAUAGAAGAUAUCAGUAAAGGAGAAGAUGAGGAAGAAGAAGAAAUUAUCACAAAAGAAACGAAAAUAAUAAAAAUAAAUAAAGUAAAACGAUCGAAUAUCGGAAAAGAAAUUAUUCCUGAAGAGACAACAUAUGAAUUCAAUGUAGAAAAGUAUCCCGCAAUAUGUCCAACCGUUUUGAAAACAUCAAAAACUUUAAAUGAAACAAUUGCUCAGCAAGAAGCUGUAGAGCUCUCAACAGAUAUUAAUAACAUACCGGAAAAAGCUCAGAUUAGAAUAACAACUCGAAGCGCCGCGGAAAGUAUAAUAACAAAAGACGAAGAGAAAGAAGAAACCCGAAAAGAAGCAUUAGAAAUAAAAAAACAUCAAGCAAAUUCAGCUUUUGAACUUAACGAAAGUUUUUCUACAGAUCAUCCAGACGCUCAAUCGCCUCUUGAAGAAAUUGUUAAAACCUUUGAAUUCAAACCAUGUUUGGCAAUAAAUGAUGUUAUACCUAAGGAAAGUAUAACAAUUAAUGAAAUUUAUCCAAAUCAAAGUCUUGGCAAAGGAAUUGAUUACAAACCAAAAAAUAAGGAAGCUAAGGUUACUGUAAUUUCACAUUCACAAAAAGUAGUAACAGAAUCAAUUGCCUCUACAAAGGAAGGCGAAAUUAAACAAUUACUUAUGCCACAGAAAAAAAAAGCUACACAAGAUUAUGUUGAACACGAAAGUAUUAAUGUUGUUGAAGUAAAUGAAGCACAUACCGAAAGUCAAUUAAUAGAUGAUUUUAAACCAACACCAGUGAAAUCUUCAGUGAAAUAUCCACUACACGAACAAUUAGUUGUUAGUGAAUCACAUUCAGAAAUUCAACCGGAAAAUUACUAUCCAGAAAUAAUUGUACCCACUGAAGUCGCAGAACAAUUAAUAGUACCAUCAAAUAACGCUAUAACUGCAUUCCAAAUAGAAUCUUCUGAAAAAGAAGCAGAAUAUAAUCAUUCGAAAUCACCCAAUGAGUAUAAAGCAGAUAUUUCGAUUAUUCCUGAAAAAUAUAUUGAAGUAAGCGAGUCAAUCAUACAAGAAAAAGAAACUAAACUAGAAAAAGAAAAAGUACCAGAUAAGUCAUUUGCAGUUUCCGAUAUAAUUUUACAAUCAAGUAUAAUUGUAAACUCAAUUAAUCAAGAAGAAAAUGAGGAAAAAUUCAAUACUCAUUUACCUCAAUCGCAUACUGCAAAACUAACAAUAAACAACGCAAAUAAAGUGAGUAGUUCUUCAGUAAUAGAAAUUAAUGAAGCAGAAUCUGAUUUAAACAUUUUGGUCAUACCAGAAACAAAACAAAUUGAAAGUUCCAUAAUUGGUUUAGAAGUAACUGAGAUUAUACCUAAAGAGACAGAAUCCAAUUUUACAUCACAAUCAGCAUUAGAAAUAUUACCAGUUACUAGUUUUACUGAAAAUAAUUCGUGUAUAGUCACUGAAACUACAGUUGAUGAUUAUUCAACAGAUUUAUUAUCAAAUUUGAAUUACAAAGCAUUUGAAGCCAAACCAAAGUUUGAAGAAUUAGAAGCCAAGCAAAUAUCUCAAAUAAAUGUACAAGAGAAUAACAUUCCAUUAGAUGAAACUUCUAAACCUAUUUCAGUUAAAUUGGAAACAAGUUUUUAUCCAAUUCAAAGCAUAACUGUAGAACAAACAGUUGCGACAGAACAAGAACAAUUCUUGCCAUUAAAUGUACAGCAAGAGUUACAUAAUUCUGUAAGUAGUCCAUCUCACUCUCUUCAAGUUGUAGUUAUUGAAGAGAUUACACCAGAGAAUUGUGUUACACAGAUAGAAGAAACGUAUAAAAACAAUAAUCAAAAUGCAUCAAAAAUAGCCCAAAUUAGUUUUGUAGAUGACCAAUGUAUUAUUGUAAAAGAAGUGUCAACCUAUGAGUCAGAAACUAGUUUAUCACUUGAUAGUAAACCUGAAAAUGUAAAGGCUGUACCAGUAUUUACUGGUUAUGAUGUGGCUGAGACAUUAGAAAUAAUUUCAAAUGAUGCCAUUGAAAAAUUGAACAUACAAAAAUAUAAAAAUAAUAAUGCAAAAUUAAAACACAUACCAUAUGAAGCAAUUGUAUCAGAAGUUACAUCUGUAAAUGAGUUAGAAGACAUUUUACCAAAUAAAGAAAAGAAACAGCUAAAAAAUGUAAACAUUAAAAUUGACGAGGUUGUUGGUGUAAAUAUUACAGAACAACCUGUUUACGAAAAAGAAAAAACUUCGAUUGAACAAAAAGUAUUUAUAAGUAAAAAGGCUAGUACUGAAUUUGUUCCGAUAGAGAUUGUUGAUCGCUCAGAAAUUGUUACAGGUGAUUAUACUUUGGAUUUGAUACAACCCGAGGUAUCUGAAUCGCAUGCAUAUCAUCAACCUAGUACAUUUGAAAGUGUUAUUUUGUACGAAACUAAUAUAUCUGAAAAAGAACAAGAGAUGACUGAAGAUAAAACUCCAUUAGUAUGCACUGCAAAUAAAUCUUUAAUAGUGGAUGAAGCAAUAGAAGUUACAGAAAUAAUUUCUGACAUUAAACCAGAAGAUAUUUCUAUUUCCAUAUUGCCUGAAGAAAAAACAGCCAAAACUAACAUUAUACCAUUUAAACCUCUUGAGGGUCAAGAUAUAACGACUUGUGAAAAUGUGGAGACAGUGAAAAAUCAAAGUCCACUGUCUGAAGUUGCCCAUAUAUCUCAAAAACCGUUUCAUAGUUUAGAAACAAGUUUAAUAAUAUUGACAGAUUCAGAAAAUAAGUUGUCUGAUUUUGUGAUGCCGAAUACAAAAAAAGCAGAGACUAAUUAUAGUGACUUAGAUAUUCCAAUUAGUGUUGUUGAAAUUUUAACGCAAGAUAAAGAACUAGAUUUUAAAGGUCAAGAAGUUCCAUCACAUACAUUAGACAAACAAGAAAUAAUCUUAGAAGAAUGUCGGGUUACAUCAGAAACAAUGGUAUGUAGUUCUACUAGUGAUUUUGAUGAAAUUAUACCACAAUCAGUUUAUGCUUUGCCGUCUAAAAGCACUCAAAUUGCAAUUGAGUCAAUAGAAACCGCUCAUCUUGAAAAAGAAGGGGAUUUGGUUGACAAUCAUAUAUUUUCAGAAAGACAUGCAGAUUUCACAUAUGAAGAAGUAAAGAGUAUUCAAAUAACUGAACAAGUUAAACUUGACACCAAAGAAGAAUUAAUAAUUGAAAGUAUACCCGCGGAUAGAAAAAGUAAUACAACGAUUACAGGACAAGAUGUUGCGGAAACAUUUGAGACUAAAGUAGAAAGUCCUAUUGAAGAAUUAAAAAUAGAAUUCCCGAAAGAAAAAUCAGCUAAAACUAUUCAAGCAAAUGAAGUUCACAGUGUUGAAGUAUCUGAAAUUAUUACACAAGAAAAAGAAUCUUCAUUAGAUGAUAAUAAAAAAUACAACACAAAAAAAGUAAACAUUAUAGUUGAAGAUAACUCAGGAACGUAUAUGGUUACUGAAAUAUUUCCCAAAGAAAAAGAAAUCCAAUUUAUAGAAAAAUCUCAACCUAUUUAUCGAUAUGCUGAACAAGAUAUUUUAAGUCAUGAAGGAUUACAAGUUAACGAAACAAAUAUUUCAAUUUGUGAAAAACAGUUAAGUGAUUUAGAAUAUUCAACUAAAUUAGGCAAUCGAGUUAUAGAACCCCUCGAAUGCAUUGAAAUAUCUGAAAUAAAUGUUCAAGAACCAGAAUAUAAUUUACCUAAAUUACUUCAUCCAAAAAUGGAAAAUGCAGUUAAUAUUUUAAAUGAAAAUGUAGGUCUUAUAAUAAAUUCUACAGUUAUUAAUGAUAAAGAAAAUGAACUUAAAAUCGAUAAAUUAAAUACAAAAAUUGCAACUAAAAUAUCAAAUUUAAUUGGUUACAAAGUUCCUCAAAAAUCUGAGAAAAAUACUUUAGAGAGUGUUGAACUUUUAAAAUAUAUUAAAGAAGAUGAACAUCAAGCGUCAUCUGAACACAUAUUAUUGGAAGGCAUAAGUACAACUGUAGUUAAUUCACAAGAUAAAGAACUUCCAUUUGAACAAUUAACGAAAUUAACAGGAAAAUCUGCCUCGCUAGAAUACGAAAUGGAACAAAACUUAGAUGUAACUGAAGUGUGUUUAGGAGAAUCAGAAACAGAUUUAAUUCCUAUUUUUUUGCCAUCAAGUCACAUUGCUGCAAGUGAAUUGUCGGAAACCCAACAAGUUGCAUCCAGUUUUGAAGUUACCCCACAAAAUUCUACUCACAAUUUAUGUGCCCAAUCAAUGCCGUCUGGUAUUUCUAUAACUCCUAAAUCCACAGAAUCACAUAGUCUUGAAGUAACUGAAACUCUGUAUCACGAAACUGAAAAACCAUUUGAAUCGGUUGAAAAUGUAUUAAAGACUUGCAAUCUUACAAUUCAAGUGGACCAAAAUGUUGAGAUAACAGAAAUUGUAACGAAUGAAUCAGAGAAACCAUUAGAUUUAUUUGACAAAAAUAGAGGUUCAGAAGCGAGUAUAGUAUUCGAUGAAAAUCAGUCUGUUUCCAUCGAAGAGAUAGAAACUUCUGAUGAUGUUGUUCCGUUAACUAAGAAUGUGCCCAAUGCAUUAAGUGCAACAAAACAGUUAGAACUACAAUUAGGAAUCGUGGUUACUGAAGUUAGAACAGAAGAAAAUGAGAUUGAACAUGAAACACAAAUUCAACCUUCAUUAAAACAUGUUUCACAAAUAUUGCCAGAAAAACAUAGUUUGAAUGUGACUUCCGCUAUUAUAAUUGAAAAAGAAAGUAUAUUAAAUAAAUCUAAGAAAGAAAUUCAACAAAAUGCACAAGUUUCUUCGGUAUACAGCCCUAUGAAAGUUGUUCAAUCAGAAGAAAAUUUUAUAGAAAUGAGUUUAACCAAUUUAAAGACUACUACACCAAGUGAAAUAUUUUCAGAAUCUUCACAAAUUCCUUAUGAUUCAAUAAAUCAAUUAGAAAUUAGAUCAUUCGAAAAAGAAAGUGAAUUAAAAUUGACUAAAAAUAAGAAAAAGGAAAUGGCAACGAUUAAUAUGGAUACUAUUAAUAUACUUACCACAACAGAAAUCAUUACAGGUGAAAAAGAAUCUAUUUAUACACCUUUAACGAAACCUAUUACAAAACAAGCUUUAAUUGAUAUAACUGAAAGCCGACCAGUUAGUAAAGCUUUUGAAGUAAAACCAGAAGAUAUUACAACGGAAUUACAAAUUCCUAAUGUCAUAUCAUGUAAAAUAACACCAGCUCAAGAAGUUGUCCAUGGUGUUGUUGUUGUUGAACAUUUGGGUCAUGAUAAAGAAGAAAAAUUUGAAGGGGAAUACAAACCAACGCUCUUAGCGGCUAACAUAAACGUAGAAAAAGAAAAAGAGACGAAGACUAUAACUGAAGUUACAACUCAUGAAAUGGAAGGCCAAGUUAAGAAUAUAGAUAUGCCAACAUCUAAAAAUGCUCACAUAGAAAUAAAUUCUGGGAAAGAGAUAGCAGAAAAAAUAGAAAUAUUACCAAACAUUGCAUUAGGGUCAUUGAAUAAUUUUGUAACUAAAACAUCAACUGCUCUUCUAGUACAAGAUACGUUUGAUAGUAUUCAAUCCACAAUAACUACAACAGAGGAUAAAGAAAAUCCAUUCAUUUCUGAUUUAGUUUACCAAAAAUCUAAAGCUGACAUUAAUAUUGAAGAAUCAAAUAGUAUAAAUAUAACUGAAGUAAUUGUGGAUGAUACAGAAGGAAAAUAUGUUUCUCCAGAAUUACCAUUAACGAAAAACGCUGGAAAAUCUAUUUUACCAAAUGAAGUAGCAGAAGCAUCUAUUGUAUUAGCUGAUGAAAAUUUAAGAACAUUUGAUAAAUUUAAAACAAAAGAAGAAUCAGCUAAUAUUUUACUGGAAACAUAUUCAAAUAUAUCUCAAACUGAAACCACUGUACAAGAAAGUGAAAUAUAUCUUGAACCCGUUAAACUGAUAUCGAAUAAAGCUGACAUUACAAUGAUACCUAAUAAUAGUUUAACAAUAACAGAAGUAAUAACUGAUGAUUAUGAUGAAAAAUUAAAUAUUAAAAAAGAACAAAAUCCACAAAAAAUUAUUACAUCAUUAUCAAAAUUACACGGAGUUCCACAAGUGUCAGAAACUAUUUCAUCAAUUACAACUAGUAAUGUAAUUAUUCCUGUAAUUGAUAGCAAUUAUGCAUCGGUUUCACAAUCAGAACUAUAUGACACAGUGAUGUCAACUGAAAUAAAUGCGUUAGAAAAAGAAAGAUUGUUUACACAAAAGCCUAAAUUUGAAAAUUUUAAAGCAGAAAUUAAGUUUAAAGAAGAUAAAUCAUUAAAUGUCUUUGAAACCGUCUUAAACGAUAAUGAAAAGCCAUUAAAAAUAAAUGAACCUUUAAUAAAACAGGCCUCAUUAAUUCAACCAACAUUUGAUGUUCCUACGAUAUCUGAACAUACGUUGAUUGAAACUGAAAUUAAUCUUGAAUCAACUAUAAUACCAAAAGAACAAAUGGUUAAUAUAUCAUUUGAAAAUAAUAUAAAUGUUCAGGUGUCUGAAGCAAAUGCUAUAGAAACGGAAAGUGAUUUCUUAACACCAAUUCAAAAUUCUGAAACUGCAACUAUACCUGAAUUAAUACCACAACCGGUUGCAAAUGUUACGGAAGUUAUAACUAGCUUAAAUGUUCAAAAUUUUCCUCAACCGAGUCAGACUGAAUAUAGCAAUGCUAGCGCAAUCCAUUCAACAUUUAAUAGCCUAUUACAAACAAAAGUUGAAAUAUCAGAAUCAGAAAAUAAAUUUAAAAAACCUAAAAGUAUAGAAGAAAAGGCAUCAGUAAAAACUGAAACAUUAGAAAACAUCAUAAUAACAGAACCGGAAAUAUCUGAAAAAGAAGGAACACUUGAAGCACCAAGGAAAAUUGAUUUGAGACAUGCCCAAAUUUCAUUUGAAGAAGAAAAAUCUAGUAUAAUUAUUUCGAAUAUAAUAAGUGAAGAUAAAGAAUCUGAAUUCACUCAAGCACAAACACGUAAAAGUUCAAUUGCAAAAAUUACAUUAGAAAAUUUAAAGGCAAUCACUAACACUGAGCAAAAUGUAUCAGAAAAAGAAGGUACACUAAACAUUCAGAAUCCAAAAGAUGAAACUGCAAAUAUGACAUUUGAAGAUUAUCAAUCAGGAAUUAUAGUCUCAAACGUUAUACCCGAAUGGAAAGAAGAAAAAUUAAAAAUUAAAAAUACGACAUAUUCUACUGCGACAUUUAUUACAGACAACUAUGAAAGCUUAAUCCAAAAUCAACAAAUGGUAAAUGAAAAGGAAGAAUUUACAAUAUCUGAAGAAAUACCAGAAUCAACAACUGCAUCCAUCACAGUUGAAAAUGAAAAAAUAGGAGCAGUUGUAUCUGAAAUUAUAAGUGGUGAAAAAGAAAGCGAAAUACAAACAACAAAAGCAAGAAAAAAAUCAAAAGCUUUAAUAUCAACCAAAGAAUUAAAACCAUUAGUAACAACAGAGACACAACUAUUAUCAAACACCGAAGAAAUGAAAUUACCAAACAAAAUUUCUGACACAUCAGCAAAAAUAAAAUUAGACGAACUAAGCCACAUAACAAUUCAAGAACUAGUUCCCAACGAAAAAGAAUUGAAAAUGAAACAAAUAAAUCCAAUUCAAUACAAUAUAACACCAACAUAUUUAGAACUACUACCAUUAGAAUCAAGUCAAACACAAUCAGAAAUAACACCAAUUAAAUUUGAAAAUGAAAAAAUAGUCAAAUGUACUGCAACAAAAGGUACAACUCAAAUAAACAAAAGUAUCAAUAUCAACGAAGAUAUAUUAUUAGAAUCAGCCACUGACCUAAGACAAGAAGCAAUAAACCGACAGAGAGCAUCAAUCACUGACAUACCAUUGAGCACAGAUGACAUAAUGCCAGCACUACACGGAGAACAAAUAAUAUCAACGGUGACACAAAACAACAUAAAACACACCCAAACAAAAAAAAAUCAAAUUGAUGAUAUUAAAACAACGACAGUUACGGAAAUUAAUCAAAAAAAAAUCACUAAAAAGCAAACGAUAAAAACUGUAAAGGACGGUGUUGAAAACGUAGAGGUUAUUGAAUCUAAACCAGAGAUUACAGAGAUUGUUGAUGAGGAAACUAAACCAUUACCCGAAAUCGAAUCCCUUCAACCCGAAGAAGCUACGCUAAUUCCAGACGAGGCUAUAUCUGUCGAUAUUAAAACUACGACUGUUAUAGAGGGUGGUAAGAAGAAGGUUACUAAAAAGCAAACAAUAAAAACUGUAAAGGAUGGUGUGGAAAACGUAGAGGUUAUUGAAUCUAAACCAGAGAUUACAGAGAUUGUUGAUGAGGAAACUAAACCAUUACCCGAAAUCGAAUCCCUUCAACCCGAAGAAGCUACGCUAAUUCCAGACGAGGCUAUAUCUGUCGAUAUUAAAACUACGACUGUUAUAGAGGGUGGUAAGAAGAAGGUUACUAAAAAGAAAACAAUAAAAACUGUAAAGGAUGGUGUGGAAAACGUAGAGGUUAUUGAAUCUAAACCAGAGAUUACAGAGGUUGUUGAUGAGGAAAGUAAACCAUUACCUGAAAUCGAAUCCCUUCAACCCGAAGAAGCUACGCUAAUUCCAGAUGAGGCUACAUCUGUCGACAUAAAAACUACGACUGUUAUUGAGGGAGGUAAGAAGAAGGUUACUAAAAAGAAAACAAUAAAAACUGUAAAGGACGGUGUUGAAAACGUAGAGGUUAUUGAAUCUAAACCAGAGAUUACAGAGAUUGUUGAUGAGGAAACUAAACCAUUACCCGAAAUCGAAUCCCUUCAACCCGAAGAAGCUACGCUAAUUCCAGACGAGGCUACAUCUGUCGAUAUUAAAACUACGACUGUUAUAGAGGGUGGUAAGAAGAAGGUUACUAAAAAGAAAACAAUAAAAACUGUAAAGGAUGGUGUGGAAAACGUAGAGGUUAUUGAAUCUAAACCAGAGAUUACAGAGAUUGUUGAUGAGGAAACUAAACCAAUACCCGAAAUCGAAUUCCUUAAACCCGAAGAAGCUACGCUAAUUCCAGACGAGGCUACAUCUGUCGACAUAAAAACUACGACUGUUAUAGAGGGUGGUAAGAAAAAGGUUACUAAAAAGAAAACAAUAAAAACUGUAAAGGACGGUAUUGAAAACGUAGAGGUUAUUGAAUCUAAACCAGAGAUAACAGAGAUUGUUGAUGAGGAAACUAAACCAUUACCCGAAAUCGAAUCCCUUCAACCCGAAGAAGCUACGCUAAUUCCAGACGAGGCUACAUCUGUCGAUAUUAAAACUACGACUGUUAUUGAGGGAGGUAAGAAGAAGGUUACUAAAAAGAAAACAAUAAAAACUGUAAAGGACGGUGUUGAAAACGUAGAGGUUAUUGAAUCUAAACCAGAGAUUACAGAGAUUGUAGAUGAGGAAACUAAACCAUUACCCGAAAUCGAAUCCCUUCAACCCGAAGAAGCUACGCUAAUUCCAGACGAGGCUACAUCUGUCGAUAUUAAAACUACGACUGUUAUAGAGGGUGGUAAGAAGAAGGUUACUAAAAAGAAAACAAUAAAAACUGUAAAGGAUGGUGUGGAAAACGUAGAGGUUAUUGAAUCUAAACCAGAGAUUACAGAGAUUGUAGAUGAGGAAACUAAACCAUUACCCGAAAUCGAAUCCCUUAAACCCGAAGAAGCUACGCUAAUUCCAGACGAGGCUACAUCUGUCGACAUAAAAACUACGACUGUUAUAGAGGGUGGUAAGAAAAAGGUUACUAAAAAGAAAACAAUAAAAACUGUAAAGGACGGUGUGGAAAACGUAGAGGUUAUUGAAUCUAAACCAGAGAUUACAGAGAUUGUUGAUGAGGAAACUAAACCAUUACCCGAAAUCGAAUCCCUUCAACCCGAAGAAGCUUCCCUAAUUCCAGAUGAAGCUACGUCUGUCGACAUAAAAACUACGACUGUUAUUGAGGGAGGUAAGAAGAAGGUUACUAAAAAGAAAACAAUAAAAACUGUAAAGGACGGUGUUGAAAACGUAGAGGUUAUUGAAUCAAAACCAGAGAUUACAGAGAUUGUUGAUGAGGAAACUAAACCAAUACCCGAUAUCGAAUCUCUUCAACCCGAAGAAGCUACGCUAAUUCCAGACGAGGCUACAUCUGUCGACAUAAAAACUACGACUGUUAUAGAGGGUGGUAAGAAAAAGGUUACUAAAAAGAAAACAAUAAAAACUGUAAAGGACGGUAUUGAAAACGUAGAGGUUAUUGAAUCUAAACCAGAGAUAACAGAGAUUGUUGAUGAGGAAACUAAACCAUUACCCGAAAUCGAAUCCCUUCAACCCGAAGAAGCUACGCUAAUUCCAGACGAGGCUACAUCUGUCGAUAUUAAAACUACGACUGUUAUUGAGGGAGGUAAGAAGAAGGUUACUAAAAAGAAAACAAUAAAAACUGUAAAGGACGGUGUUGAAAACGUAGAGGUUAUUGAAUCUAAACCAGAGAUUACAGAGAUUGUAGAUGAGGAAACUAAACCAUUACCCCAAAUCGAAUCCCUUCAACCCGAAGAAGCUACGCUAAUUCCAGACGAGGCUACAUCUGUCGAUAUUAAAACUACGACUGUUAUAGAGGGUGGUAAGAAGAAGGUUACUAAAAAGAAAACAAUAAAAACUGUAAAGGAUGGUGUGGAAAACGUAGAGGUUAUUGAAUCUAAACCAGAGAUUACAGAGAUUGUUGAUGAGGAAACUAAACCAUUACCCGAAAUCGAAUCCCUUAAACCCGAAGAAGCUACACUAAUUCCAGACGAGGCUACAUCUGUCGACAUAAAAACUACGACUGUUAUUGAGGGAGGUAAGAAGAAGGUUACUAAAAAGAAAACAAUAAAAACUGUAAAGGACGGUGUUGAAAACGUAGAGGUUAUUGAAUCUAAACCAGAGAUUACAGAGAUUGUUGAUGAGGAAACUAAACCAUUACCCGAAAUCGAAUCCCUUCAACCCGAAGAAGCUACGAUAAUUCCAGACGAGGCUACAUCUGUCGAUAUUAAAACUACGACUGUUAUAGAGGGUGGUAAGAAGAAGGUUACUAAAAAGAAAACAAUAAAAACUGUAAAGGAUGGUGUGGAAAACGUAGAGGUUAUUGAAUCUAAACCAGAGAUUACAGAGAUUGUUGAUGAGGAAAGUAAACCAUUACCUGAAAUCGAAUCCCUUCAACCCGAAGAAGCUACGCUAAUUCCAGAUGAGGCUACAUCUGUCGAUAUUAAAACUACGACUGUUAUUGAGGGAGGUAAGAAGAAGGUUACUAAAAAGAAAACAAUAAAAACUGUAAAGGACGGUGUUGAAAACGUAGAGGUUAUUGAAUCUAAACCAGAGAUUACAGAGAUUGUAGAUGAGGAAACUAAACCAUUACCCGAAAUCGAAUCCCUUCAACCCGAAGAAGCUACGCUAAUUCCAGACGAGGCUACAUCUGUCGAUAUUAAAACUACGACUGUUAUAGAGGGUGGUAAGAAGAAGGUUACUAAAAAGAAAACAAUAAAAACUGUAAAGGAUGGUGUGGAAAACGUAGAGGUUAUUGAAUCUAAACCAGAGAUUACAGAGAUUGUUGAUGAGGAAACUAAACCAUUACCCGAAAUCGAAUCCCUUAAACCCGAAGAAGCUACACUAAUUCCAGACGAGGCUACAUCUGUCGACAUAAAAACUACGACUGUUAUUGAGGGAGGUAAGAAGAAGGUUACUAAAAAGAAAACAAUAAAAACUGUAAAGGACGGUGUUGAGAACGUAGAGGUUAUUGAAUCUAAACCAGAGAUUACAGAGAUUGUUGAUGAGGAAACUAAACCAUUACCCGAAAUCGAAUCCCUUCAACCCGAAGAAGCUACGAUAAUUCCAGACGAGGCUACAUCUGUCGAUAUUAAAACUACGACUGUUAUAGAGGGUGGUAAGAAGAAGGUUACUAAAAAGAAAACAAUAAAAACUGUAAAGGAUGGUGUGGAAAACGUAGAGGUUAUUGAAUCUAAACCAGAGAUUACAGAGAUUGUUGAUGAGGAAAGUAAACCAUUACCUGAAAUCGAAUCCCUUCAACCCGAAGAAGCUACGCUAAUUCCAGAUGAGGCUCCAUCUGUCGACAUAAAAACUACGACUGUUAUUGAGGGAGGUAAGAAGAAGGUUAAUAAAAAGAAAACAAUAAAAACUGUAAAGGACGGUGUUGAAAACGUAGAGGUUAUUGAAUCUAAACCAGAGAUUACAGAGAUUGUUGAUGAGGAAACUAAACCAUUACCCGAAAUCGAAUCCCUUCAACCCGAAGAAGCUACGCUAAUUCCAGACGAGGCUACAUCUGUCGAUAUUAAAACUACGACUGUUAUAGAGGGUGGUAAGAAGAAGGUUACUAAGAAGAAAACAAUAAAAACUGUAAAGGAUGGUGUGGAAAACGUAGAGGUUAUUGAAUCUAAACCAGAGAUUACAGAGAUUGUUGAUGAGGAAACUAAACCAUUACCCGAAAUCGAAUCCCUCAAACCCGAAGAAGCUACACUAAUUCCAGACGAGGCUACAUCUGUCGACAUAAUAACUACGACUGUUAUAGAGGGUGGUAAGAAAAAGGUUACUAAAAAGAAAACAAUAAAAACUGUAAAGGACGGUAUUGAAAACGUAGAGGUUAUUGAAUCUAAACCAGAGAUUACAGAGAUUGUAGAUGAGGAAACUAAACCAUUACCCGAAAUGGAAUCCCUUAAACCCGAAGAAGCUACGCUAAUUCCAGACGAGGCUAUAUCUGUCGAUAUUAAAACUACGACUGUUAUAGAGGGUGGAAAGAAGAAGAUUACUAAAAAGAAAACAAUAAAAACUGUAAAGGAUGGUGUGGAAAACGUAGAGGUUAUUGAAUCUAAACCAGAGAUUACAGAGAUUGUAGAUGAGGAAACUAAACCAUUACCCGAAAUCGAAUCCCUUAAACCCGAAGAAGCUACGCUAAUUCCAGACGAGGCUACAUCUGUCGACAUAAAAACUACGACUGUUAUAGAGGGUGGUAAGAAAAAGGUUACUAAAAAGAAAACAAUAAAAACUGUAAAGGACGGUGUGGAAAACGUAGAGGUUAUUGAAUCUAAACCAGAGAUUACAGAGAUUGUUGAUGAGGAAACUAAACCAUUACCCGAAAUCGAAUCCCUUCAACCCGAAGAAGCUUCCCUAAUUCCAGAUGAAGCUACGUCUGUCGACAUAAAAACUACGACUGUUAUUGAGGGAGGUAAGAAGAAGGUUACUAAAAAGAAAACAAUAAAAACUGUAAAGGACGGUGUUGAAAACGUAGAGGUUAUUGAAUCAAAACCAGAGAUUACAGAGAUUGUUGAUGAGGAAACUAAACCAAUACCCGAAAUCGAAUUCCUUAAACCCGAAGAAGCUACGCUAAUUCCAGACGAGGCUACAUCUGUCGACAUAAAAACUACGACUGUUAUAGAGGGUGGUAAGAAAAAGGUUACUAAAAAGAAAACAAUAAAAACUGUAAAGGACGGUAUUGAAAACGUAGAGGUUAUUGAAUCUAAACCAGAGAUUACAGAGAUUGUUGAUGAGGAAACUAAACCAUUACCCGAAAUCGAAUCCCUUCAACCCGAAGAAGCUACGCUAAUUCCAGACGAGGCUACAUCUGUCGAUAUUAAAACUACGACUGUUAUUGAGGGAGGUAAGAAGAAGGUUACUAAAAAGAAAACAAUAAAAACUGUAAAGGACGGUGUUGAAAACGUAGAGGUUAUUGAAUCUAAACCAGAGAUUACAGAGAUUGUAGAUGAGGAAACUAAACCAUUACCCGAAAUCGAAUCCCUUCAACCCGAAGAAGCUACGCUAAUUCCAGACGAGGCUACAUCUGUCGACAUAAAAACUACGACUGUUAUUGAGGGAGGUAAGAAGAAGGUUACUAAAAAGAAAACAAUAAAAACUGUAAAGGACGGUGUUGAAAACGUAGAGGUUAUUAAAUCAAAACCAGAGAUUACAGAGAUUGUUGAUAAGGAAACUAAACCAAUACCCGAUAUCGAAUCUCUUCAACCCGAAGAAGCUACGCUAAUUCCAGACGAGGCUACAUCUGUCGACAUAAAAACUACGACUGUUAUAGAGGGUGGUAAGAAAAAGGUUACUAAAAAGAAAACAAUAAAAACUGUAAAGGACGGUAUUGAAAACGUAGAGGUUAUUGAAUCUAAACCAGAGAUUACAGAGAUUGUUGAUGAGGAAACUAAACCAUUACCCGAAAUCGAAUCCCUUAAACCCGAAGAAGCUACGCUAAUUCCAGACGAGGCUACAUCUGUCGAUAUUAAAACUACGACUGUUAUUGAGGGAGGUAAGAAGAAGGUUACUAAAAAGAAAACAAUAAAAACUGUAAAGGACGGUGUUGAAAACGUAGAGGUUAUUGAAUCUAAACCAGAGAUUACAGAGAUUGUUGAUGAGGAAACUAAACCAUUACCCGAAAUCGAAUCCCUUCAACCCGAAGAAGCUACGCUAAUUCCAGACGAGGCUACAUCUGUCGAUAUUAAAACUACGACUGUUAUAGAGGGUGGUAAGAAAAAGGUUACUAAAAAGAAAACAAUAAAAACUGUAAAGGACGGUGUGGAAAACGUAGAGGUUAUUGAAUCUAAACCAGAGAUUACAGAGAUUGUUGAUGAGGAAACUAAACCAUUACCCGAAAUCGAAUCCCUUAAACCCGAAGAAGCUUCCCUAAUUCAAGAUGAGGCUACGUCUGUCGACAUAAAAACUACCACUGUCAUUGAGGGAGGUAAGAAGAAGGUUACUAAAAAGAAAACAAUAAAAACUGUAAAGGACGGUGUUGAAAACGUAGAGGUUAUUGAAUCUAAACCAGAGAUUACAGAGAUUGUUGAUGAGGAAACUAAACCAUUACCCGAAAUCGAAUCCCUUCAACCUGAAGAAGCUACGCUAAUUCCAGACGAGGCUACAUCUGUCGAUAUUAAAACUACGACUGUUAUAGAGGGUGGUAAGAAAAAGGUUACUAAAAAGAAAACAAUAAAAACUGUAAAGGACGGUGUGGAAAACGUAGAGGUUAUUGAAUCUAAACCAGAGAUUACAGAGAUUGUAGAUGAGGAAACUAAACCAUUACCCGAAAUGGAAUCCCUUAAACACGAAGAAGCUACGCUAAUUCCAGACGAGGCUAUAUCUGUCGAUAUUAAAACUACGACUGUUAUAGAGGGUGGUAAGAAGAAGGUUACUAAAAAGAAAACAAUAAAAACUGUAAAGGAUGGUGUGGAAAACGUAGAAGUUAUUGAAUCUAAACCAGAGAUUACAGAGAUUGUAGAUGAGGAAACUAAACCAUUACCCGAAAUCGAAUCCCUUAAACCCGAAGAAGCUACGCUAAUUCCAGACGAGGCUACAUCUGUCGACAUAAAAACUACGACUGUUAUAGAGGGUGGUAAGAAAAAGGUUACUAAAAAGAAAACAAUAAAAACUGUAAAGGACGGUGUUGAAAACGUAGAGGUUAUUGAAUCUAAACCAGAGAUUACAGAGAUUGUUGAUGAGGAAACUAAACCAUUACCCGAAAUCGAAUCCCUUCAACCCGAAGAAGCUUCCCUAAUUCCAGAUGAAGCUACGUCUGUCGACAUAAAAACUACGACUGUUAUUGAGGGAGGUAAGAAGAAGGUUACUAAAAAGAAAACAAUAAAAACUGUAAAGGACGGUGUUGAAAACGUAGAGGUUAUUGAAUCAAAACCAGAGAUUACAGAGAUUGUUGAUGAGGAAACUAAGCCAAUACCCGAAAUCGAAUCCCUUAAACCCGAAGAAGCUACGCUAAUUCCAGACGAGGCUACAUCUGUCGACAUAAAAACUACGACUGUUAUAGAGGGUGGUAAGAAAAAGGUUACUAAAAAGAAAACAAUAAAAACUGUAAAGGACGGUAUUGAAAACGUAGAGGUUAUUGAAUCUAAACCAGAGAUUACAGAGAUUGUUGAUGAGGAAACUAAACCAUUACCCGAAAUCGAAUCCCUUCAACCUGAAGAAGCUACGCUAAUUCCAGACGAGGCUACAUCUGUCGAUAUUAAAAUUACGACUGUUAUAGAGGGUGGUAAGAAGAAGGUUACUAAAAAGAAAACAAUAAAAACUGUAAAGGACGGUGUGGAAAACGUAGAGGUUAUUGAAUCUAAACCAGAGAUUACAGAGAUUGUUGAUGAGGAAACUAAACCAUUACCCGAAAUCGAAUCCCUUAAACCCGAAGAAGCUACGCUAAUUCCAGACGAGGCUAUAUCUGUCGAUAUUAAAACUACGACUGUUAUAGAGGGUGGUAAGAAAAAGGUUACUAAAAAGAAAACAAUAAAAACUGUAAAGGACGGUGUGGAAAACGUAGAGGUUAUUGAAUCUAAACCAGAGAUUACAGAGAUUGUUGAUGAGGAAACUAAACCAUUACCCGAAAUCGAAUCCCUUAAACCCGAAGAAGCUACGCUAAUUCCAGACGAGGCUACAUCUGUCGAUAUUAAAACUACGACUGUUAUAGAGGGUGGUAAGAAGAAGGUUACUAAAAAGAAAACAAUAAAAACUGUAAAGGAUGGUGUGGAAAACGUAGAGGUUAUUGAAUCUAAACCAGAGAUUACAGAGAUUUUUGAUGAGGAAACUAAACCAUUACCCGAAAUCGAAUCCCUUAAACCCGAAGAAGCUACGCUAAUUCCAGAUGAGGCUACAUCUGUCGACAUAAAAACUACGACUGUUAUUGAGGGAGGUAAGAAGAAGGUUACUAAAAAGAAAACAAUAAAAACUGUAAAGGACGGUGUUGAAAACGUAGAGGUUAUUGAAUCUAAACCAGAGAUUACAGAGAUUGUUGAUGAGGAAACUAAACCAUUACCCGAAAUCGAAUCCCUUCAACCUGAAGAAGCUACGCUAAUUCCAGACGAGGCUACAUCUGUCGAUAUUAAAAUUACGACUGUUAUAGAGGGUGGUAAGAAGAAGGUUACUAAAAAGAAAACAAUAAAAACUGUAAAGGAUGGUGUGGAAAACGUAGAGGUUAUUGAAUCAAAACCAGAGAUUACAGAGAUUGUUGGUGAGGAAACUAAACCAUUACCCGAAAUCAAAUCCCUUAAACCCGAAGAAGCUACACUAAUUCCAGACGAAGCUACAUCUGUCGACAUAAAAACUACGACUGUUAUAGAGGGUGGUAAGAAAAAGGUUACUAAAAAGAAAACAAUAAAAACUGUAAAGGACGGUAUUGAAAACGUAGAGGUUAUUGAAUCUAAACCAGAGAUUACAGAGAUUGUUGAUGAGGAAACUAAACCAUUACCCGAAAUCGAAUCCCUUAAACCCGAAGAAGCUACGCUAAUUCCAGACGAGGCUACAUCUGUCGAUAUUAAAACUACGACUGUUAUAGAGGGUGGUAAGAAGAAGGUUACUAAAAUGAAAACAAUAAAAACUGUAAAGGAUGGUGUGGAAAACGUAGAGGUUAUUGAAUCUAAACCAGAGAUUACAGAGAUUUUUGAUGAGGAAACUAAACCAUUACCCGAAAUCGAAUCCCUUAAACCCGAAGAAGCUACGCUAAUUCCAGACGAGGCUACAUCUGUCGAUAUUAAAACUACGACUGUUAUUGAGGGAGGUAAGAAGAAGGUUACUAAAAAGAAAACAAUAAAAACUGUAAAGGACGGUGUUGAAAACGUAGAGGUUAUUGAAUCUAAACCAGAGAUUACAGAGAUUGUUGAUGAGGAAACUAAACCAUUACCCGAAAUCGAAUCCCUUCAACCUGAAGAAGCUACGCUAAUUCCAGACGAGGCUACAUCUGUCGAUAUUAAAACUACGACUGUUAUAGAGGGUGGUAAGAAGAAGGUUACUAAAAAGAAAACAAUAAAAACUCUAAAGGACGGUGUGGAAAACGUAGAGGUUAUUGAAUCUAACCCAGAGAUUACAGAGAUUGUUGAUGAGGAAACUAAACCAUUACCCGAAAUCGAAUCCCUUCAACCUGAAGAAGCUACGCUAAUUCCAGACGAGGCUACAUCUGUCGAUAUUAAGACUACGACUGUUAUAGAGGGUGGUAAGAAGAAGGUUACUAAAAAGAAAACAAUAAAAACUCUAAAGGACGGUGUGGAAAACGUAGAGGUUAUUGAAUCUAAACCAGAGAUUACAGAGAUUGUUGAUGAGGAAACUAAACCAUUACCCGAAAUCGAAUCCCUUCAACCCGAAGAAGCUUCCCUAAUUCCAGAUGAGGCUACGUUUGUCGACAUAAAAACUACGACUGUUAUUGAGGGAGGUAAGAAGAAGGUUACUAAAAAGAAAACAAUAAAAACUGUAAAGGACGGUGUUGAAAACGUAGAGGUUAUUGAAUCUAAACCAGAGAUUACAGAGAUUGUUGAUGAGGAAACUAAACCAUUACCCGAAAUCGAAUCCCUUAAACCCGAAGAAGCUACGCUAAUUCCAGACGAGGCUACAUCUGUCGAUAUUAAAACUACGACUGUUAUAGAGGGUGGUAAGAAGAAGGUUACUAAAAAGAAAACAAUAAAAACUGUAAAGGACGGUGAUGAAAACGUAGAGGUUAUUGAAUCUAAACCAGAGUUUACAGAGAUUGUUGAUGAGGAAUCUAAAACAUUACAUAAUUUACAUUCUCACGAUGUCGUCAAACCUUCCUUUACCUCUGAUAUUCAUCUUUCUCAAAAGCCCAUUACACAUAUUUAUGAUGACACAUCACUCACAAAUGAUAAUGUACCACAUGAUGAUAUACAUUCUACAUCACCAGUUUAUAUUUCAGACAAUCACAAGUCAGAUGAAUCAAGUAUUGAUAGUUUAUUAAAAGAAGUUAUUGACGAAAACAUCGAAUUUCCUUUAAAUUCAACUGUAACAGAUGUUGACGAUACUUCAUUAAUUGAACAAUCCAAAAUUAUCGAUAACAUUGGAACACCUACUUUUAAUGAACUAGAAAUAAAAGAAGCUUUUAUGGCUUUAAAACCAAGAAAAAAAAUGUCAUUAACUGAUGAAGAAGAAGUUGUUAAUAUUACUUAUAUUCCAAAACAGACCAAGCCUAAAGAAGUUAUAGAACAAGAAUUUAGCAUCAAAGCUCACACAUAUGAAGAGGAAGAAAUUUCUAUGACAGGCAAUGUGAAACUACGCCGAAAGUCAACAGUGGAGUGUCCUAAACAAUCAUUAACUAUAAACGAGAUUGAAAUUAAUCAAAUUAAUGAAGAAGAUCUUGAAAAACCUGAUGAACAUACAGAAGAAAUACCCAAACCUGCGGAUGAAUUUCCACAAAAAACAAUUGAAGAACCUAUAAUAAUUGAAGAAUGUACUUUAGAUAAACCUUCAACAGGGAUAUUAUAUGAUGAUCAAAGUAUAUCUGUUAUAACAGAUGUAAAAGUUGAACCGAUACGUAAACUGUCAAUUAAACAAGAAGUAGCCACAGUUGAGUUUACUUCUGAAAAAGUCGAAACUAAAGUAUCAGAAGAGGAACAGCCCUUAGAGGAGCUGGAGGUCAAAAUAAACCCUCAACGUAAAUCUUCCCAUAAGAAAGAAAUUAAAGAGAAUUUAGUAGAAGAAAGUUCUGUUGUUGUUAAACGACCAAAGAAAAAAGAAGAAAAGCCACAGGAACCAACCGAAGAAGUUAUUUCUAUUAAAGAAAUAAAAGAAACACCUGAAGAAGUUCAACCGGUAUCUGAAACAGUUGAUAUAAUGAUUGAACCUAAACGUAAACCAUCAAUUGAAAAAGAAGAAGCUGCAGAUGAGAUAACUAUUGAAAAAAUCGAAACCAUUGUACAAGGAGAAGAACAACCCUCAGAGGAAGUUGAGGUCAAAAUAAAACCUAAACGUAAACCUUCUCUUAAAAAGGAUAUUAAAGAGAAAUCGCCCGAAGAAAGUUCUGUUGUAGUUAAACGCCCAAAGAAAAAAGAAGCAGUACCACAAGAACAAGAACCAACUGAAGAAGUGUUUACUAUUAAAGAAAUAAAAGAAAAACCAGAAGAAAUUCAACAGUUAUCUGAAACGGUUGAUGUAAAGAUAGAACCUAAACGUAAACCAUCAAUUAAAAAAGAAGAAACUGCAGAUGAGAUAACUAUAGAAAAAGUCGAAACUAUUGUACAAGAAGAAGAACAACCCUCAGAGGAAGUUGAGGUCAAAAUAAAACCUAAACGUAAACCUUCUCUUAAAAAGGAUAUUAAAGAGAAAUCGCCCGAAGAAAGUUCUGUUGUAGUUAAACGCCCAAAGAAAAAAGAAGCAGUACCACAAGAACAAGAACCAACUGAAGAAGUGUUUACUAUUAAAGAAAUAAAAGAAAAACCAGAAGAAAUUCAACAGUUAUCUGAAACUGUUGAUGUAAAGAUAGAACCUAAACGUAAACCAUCAAUUAAAAAAGAAGAAGCUGCAGAUGAGAUAACUAUUGAAAAAUUCGAAACCAUUGUACAAGAAGAAGAACAACCCUCAGAGGAAGUUGAGGUCAAAAUAAAACCUAAACGUAAACCUUCUCUUAAAAAAGACAUUAAAGAGAAAUCGCCCGAAGAAAGUUCUGUUGUAGUUAAACGCCCAAAGAAAAAAGAAGCAGUACCACAAGAACAAGAACCAACUGAAGAAGUGUUUACUAUUAAAGAAAUAAAAGAAAAACCAGAAGAAAUUCAACAGUUAUCUGAAACGGUUGAUGUAAAGAUAGAAGCUGAACGUAAACUAUCAAUUAAAAAAGAAGAAGCUGCAGAUGAGAUAACUAUAGAAAAAGUCGAAACUAUUGUACAAGAAGAAGAACAACCCUCAGAGGAAGUUGAGGUCAAAAUAAAACCUAAACGUAAACCUUCUCUUAAAAAGGAUAUUAAAGAGAAAUCGCCCGAAGAAAGUUCUGUUGUAGUUAAACGCCCAAAGAAAAAAGAAGCAGUACCACAAGAACAAAAACCAACUGAAGAAGUGUUUACUAUUAAAGAAAUAAAAGAAAAACCAGAAGAAAUUCAACAGUUAUCUGAAACGGUUGAUGUAAAGAUAGAACCUGAACGUAAACUAUCAAUUAAAAAAGAAGAAGCUGCAGAUGAGAUAACUAUAGAAAAAGUCGAAACUAUUGUACAAGAAGAAGAACAACCCUCAGAGGAAGUUGAGGUCAAAAUAAAACCUAAACGUAAACCUUCUCUUAAAAAAGACAUUAAAGAGAAAUCGCCCGAAGAAAGUUCUGUUGUAGUUAAACGCCCAAAGAAAAAAGAAGCAGUACCACAAGAACAAGAACCAACUGAAGAAGUGUUUACUAUUAAAGAAAUAAAAGAAAAACCAGAAGAAAUUCAACAGUUAUCUGAAACGGUUGAUGUAAAGAUAGAACCUAAACGUAAACCAUCAAUUAAAAAAGAAGAAGCUGCAGAUGAGAUAACUAUAGAAAAAGUCGAAACUAUUGUACAAGAAGAAGAACAACCCUCAGAGGAAGUUGAGGUCAAAAUAAAACCUAAACGUAAACCUUCUCUUAAAAAGGAUGUUAAAGAGAAAUCGCCCGAAGAAAGUUCUGUUGUAGUUAAACGCCCAAAGAAAAAAGAAGCAGUACCACAAGAACAAAAACCAACUGAAGAAGUGUUUACUAUUAAAGAAAUAAAAGAAAAACCAGAAGAAAUUCAACAGUUAUCUGAAACGGUUGAUGUAAAGAUAGAACCUAAACGUAAACCAUCAAUUAAAAAAGAAGAAGCUGCAGAUGAGAUAACUAUAGAAAAAGUCGAAACUUUUGUACAAGAAGAAGAACAACCCUCAGAGGAAGUUGAGGUCAAAAUAAAACCUAAACGUAAACCUUCUCUUAAAAAGGACAUUAAAGAGAAAUCGCCCGAAGAAAGUUCUGUUGUAGUUAAACGCCCAAAGAAAAAAGAAGCAGUACCACAAGAACAAGAACCAACUGAAGAAGUGUUUACUAUUAAAGAAAUAAAAGAAAAACCAGAACAAAUUCAACAGUUAUCUGAAACGGUUGAUGUAAAGAUAGAACCUAAACGUAAACCAUCAAUUAAAAAAGAAGAAGCUGCAGAUGAGAUAACUAUAGAAAAAGUCGAAACUAUUGUACAAGAAGAAGAACAACCCUCAGAGGAAGUUGAGGUCAAAAUAAAACCUAAACGUAAACCUUCUCUUAAAAAGGACAUUAAAGAGAAAUCGCCCGAAGAAAGUUCUGUUGUAGUUAAACGCCCAAAGAAAAAAGAAGCAGUACCGCAAGAACAAGAAUCAACUGAGGAAGUUUUUACUAUUAAAGAAAUAAAAGAUAAACCAGAAGAAAUUCAACAGAUAUCUGAAACGGUUGAUGUAAAGAUAGAACCUAAACGUAAACCAUCAAUUAAAAAAGAGGAAGCUGCAGAUGAGAUAACUAUUGAAAAAUUCGAAACCAUUGUACAAGGAGAAGAACAACCCUCUGAGGAAGUUGAGGACAAAAUAAAACCUAAACGUAAACCUUCUAUUAAAAAGGACAUUAAAGAGAAAUCGCCCGAAGAAAGUUCUGUUGUAGUUAAACGCCCAAAGAAAAAAGAAGCAGUACCGCAAGAACAAGAAUCAACUGAGGAAGUUUUUACUAUUAAAGAAAUAAAAGAUAAACCAGAAGAAAUUCAACAGAUAUCUGAAACGGUUGAUGUAAAGAUAGAACCUAAACGUAAACCAUCAAUUAAAAAAGAGGAAGCUGCAGAUGAGAUAACUAUUGAAAAAUUCGAAACCAUUGUACAAGGAGAAGAACAACCCUCUGAGGAAGUUGAGGACAAAAUAAAACCUAAACGUAAACCUUCUCUUAAAAAGGACAUUAAAGAGAAAUCGCCCGAAGAAAGUUCUGUUGUAGUUAAACGCCCAAAGAAAAAAGAAGCAGUACCUCAAGAACAAGAAUCAACUGAAGAAGUUUUUACUAUUAAAGAAAUAAAAGAUAAACCAGAAGAAAUUCAACAGAUAUCUGAAACUGUUGAUGUAAAGAUAGAACCUAAACGUAAACCAUCAAUUAAAAAAGAGGAAGCUGCAGAUGAGAUAACUAUUGAAAAAUUCGAAACCAUUGUACAAGAAGAAGAACAACCCUCUGAGGAAGUUGAGGACAAAAUAAAACCUAAACGUAAACCUUCUCUUAAAAAGGACAUUAAAGAGAAAUCGCCCGAAGAAAGUUCUGUUGUAGUUAAACGCCCAAAGAAAAAAGAAGCAGUACCUCAAGAACAAGAAUCAACUGAAGAAGUUUUUACUAUUAAAGAAAUAAAAGAUAAACCAGAAGAAAUUCAACAGAUAUCUGAAACUGUUGAUGUAAAGAUAGAACCUAAACGUAAACCAUCAAUUAAAAAAGAGGAAGCUGCAGAUGAGAUAACUAUUGAAAAAUUCGAAACCAUUGUACAAGAAGAAGAACAACCCUCAGAGGAAGUUGAGGUCAAAAUAAAACCUAAACGUAAACCUUCUAUUAAAAAGGACAUUAAAGAGAAAUCGCCCGAAGAAAGUUCUGUUGUAGUUAAACGCCCAAAGAAAAAAGAAGCAGUACCGCAAGAACAAGAAUCAACUGAAGAAGUUUUUACUAUUAAAGAAAUAAAAGAUAAACCAGAAGAAAUUCAACAGAUAUCUGAAACUGUUGAUGUAAAGAUAGAACCUAAACGUAAACCUUCAUUUAAAAAAGAAGAAGCGGCAGAUGAGAUAACUAUUGUAAAAGAAGAAGAACAACCCAUAGAGGAAGUUGAGGUCAAAUUAAAAUCUAAACGUAAACCUUCUUUUGAAGAGGAAUCCAAAGAGAAAUCUUUCGAUGAAGCUUCUGUUAUAGUUAAACGUCCGAAGAAAAGAUUAGAAAAACCGAUAGAAGUAGAUGAGACUGAUGAAGUGUUUACAGUUAAGAAAACACUAGAGAAGCCUUGUAUGUUGAACGAUGAAUUCUCUGAAACUGUAGAAUUUAAAAUAAAACCUAAACAAAGUUCCUCGUCUUAUAAUGUUGAUGAAGGAACUGAGGAGUUAUUUAAAAUAGAUUUAAAACCCAAAAAAGAAUUACAAGAUAUAAUUAUUUACGAAGAAGAGUCGUUAGAUUUUAAGGUUAAACGAAAACCAUCAAUACAGUCCUUCAGCCAAGAUGGAGCUGAGCUGAAAAUAGUUCAAGAAAAAGACGUUUUUUUGAAGGAUAAUAACAUUUUACAAGAAGAUAGUCAUGAUGGUGAAAUAAUGUUUGCAAUCCGCUCAUAUAUUGCUGAAAAUGAAGAUGCUUUAGACUUAGUUGAAGGAGAAAAAGUCUAUGUUAUAGAAAGUAAUAACCAAGAUUGGUGGUUUGUUAAAAAACAUUUAACGGAAGAAAAAGGCUGGGUUCCUUCUAUUUACUUAAGAGAUGAAACCAGUUACAUGCGGUACGUGCAAAAGAAAUUACAUGAAAAGAUUGAUAAACUGCCAAUUUUCCAAAGACAUGCUUCAAAUGAAAAACCUUCAGCUCCACGUUUUGUAGAAAAACUUCAACCCAAGCAUGUACCAGAUGGUGGUACAGUUCAGUUUGAGUGUCACGUAGAAGGAAAUCCUAGACCACAAAUUACAUGGUUUAGGCAAACGGCAAUAAUUAAACCAUCUCAAGAUUUCCAAAUAUUCUAUGAUGAAGAUAAUGUUGCAACGUUAAUAAUAAGAGAAAUUUUUCCUGAAGAUGCAGGUACAUUCACUUGUGUUGCUAAAAAUAUAGCCGGAUUUGCAUCUAGUACAACAGAAUUAACCGUUGAAGCACCAUUAUCAGACCAUGGCUCUGAUGUAACAGGUCUUUCCAGAAAGAGCAUGUCUAGAGAAUCAUCAUUAGCUGAUAUACUAGAAGGUAUACCCCCUACAUUUUCUCGUAAACCAAAAGCCACAUGUACAUCAGAGCAUUCAGAUGUUAUACUUGAAUGUCGUCUUGUAGCUGUGCCAGAGCCAGACAUAUUUUGGCAUUAUAAUGGUAGAGAAAUUUCGAUUACCGAUUCUAUAAAAGUGAAUACAUACUCAGAUAUGCACUUCUACGUGAGCAGCAUUAAAAUUAAUGACGUCCUAAAGACUCAAGAAGGUAUAUACACUGUAAUAGCAAGAAAUAGAGAAGGUGAGGCUAAAAUGGAUUUAGUGCUCAAAGUAAAAACUGGUUUACCAGAGAAACCACAAAUACUUGAACCUCUUUACGAUAUAACUAUAAAUGAGGGUGAGACUGCAGUGUUAAGUACUCAAAUUAGUGGAGAGCCACAGCCUAUGGUCGAAUGGCUAAAAAACAGUAAAAAAAUAACUGAUAUCAAAACUGUUGUGACCAAAGAUGGAAUUCAUUCAUUAACCAUUAAUAAUCCAACUCCUCGUGAUUCCGCAAAAUACACUGUAAUAGCUUCAAACAAACUUGGUAGUGCACAAACUACGUGUUUCCUGGCAGUUGAAGAACUCCCUGGACCACAAGCGCCAUUGUUUAUUGAACGUUUCCAAGAACAAACCGUCAAAGAAAAAGGAACUAUUACAUUGAUUGCUAAGGUAACCGGAAAUCCAGUCCCAAUAGUUUCUUGGUUUAGAAAUAAUAAACCAUUACUUGCUUCGUCCAAGAAAAAAGAAGUAUUUGAUGGUGAAAAUAUAGUUUUGGAAAUCAUAAAUGCUGAUAGUGAAGAAGAUGCCGGCGAUUACAAAUGUGUAGCAACAAACACAUUCGGCACCGCCACACAUGGUGCUAGAGUGUCGGUUGAUGUACCACAAGUGAAAUUCACGCAACCACUGUCAGAUAUAGAAGUUGAUGAAAAACAAGCAAUUUAUUUGGAAUGUGAAACAUCACACACAGUUUCCACAAAAUGGCAAUUGAAUGGCAAAGACCUUACUGGUAUGGACCAUCGAGAAUUGCACCAAGAAGGACGAUUCCAUCGGUUAAUUAUCAAAAAGUCGAGCAUUCUUGAUUCCGGAAAAUACACUUGUUUGGUUAAAGACCAGAUUACUUCCUGCACAGUAGUAGUUCACGACGUGAAAGCAGAAUUCGUUAAGAAACUUGAAGAUGUAGAAGUAAAAGAAAACGAUUGUGCAAUAUUGGAGGUAGAAGUUUCUUCGGAAACUGUGAAUGUUACUUGGCACAAGAACGGCGAAAUGCUUACGGAUGGUAUGAAAAAUAAAAUAUUCUUUGAAAAGGAAGGUCAAACACGUAAGCUAAUUAUUCGAAGCAUAUCUGUUCACGAUGACGGCGAAUAUACGUGUUCGUUAGGUGAACAAGAAUGUACAGCAGAAAUAAAUGUUAUAGAACUUGCACCACAAAUAAUAAAAAAACUAAAAGAUCAAAAAGUGGCUACUGGUGAACAAGUGUUAUUUGAAAUAGAAUUAACUAAAGGUGAUGCUUUAGUUAAAUGGACAAAAGAUGGCAAAGAAUUACACUUAAAUAAUAAUGUAAGAUUAACCAUCGAUGGCAAACGACAGAAAUUAGAGAUAGUCAAUGCUACAAAAACUGAUACUGGAGUUUAUGGAUGUCAAGUUCAUGAACAAACUUGUACAGCAAAAUUAACUGUCGAAGAACCAAAAGCCAGUUUUGUAAAAAAAUUACCUGAUAUCACACUCGCCGUUCAAGGUAGUGAUAUUAAACUAACAGUCGAGCUUUCCAAACCGGAUGUACCAGUAAAAUGGCUAAGAUCAGGUAAAGUGAUUAAGGAAUCAGACAAAUAUGAAAUUAUUUCUGAAGGAGCCGUCCACACUCUAGUUAUUAAAAAACCUACUACUGAUGAUGAAGCAGAAUAUAUUUGUACGGCUGUGAACGUAAAAACAUCAACGAAAUUAAAAGUUGAAGUUAAAGAAGAACCACCCAAAAUAAAUAACCUUCCAAAAGAAUAUCGUUUGAAAAAUGGGGAAGAUCUAAACAUGAAUGUAACAUUUACAUCAACAAUGAUGCCGACAGUAGAAUGGUUUAUCAACGGAAGCGUCCUAAUAAAAUCAAAUAGAGUGUCCUAUUCUAUUAGUGAAUCAUCAGUGAGUUUAACGAUAACGAAGAUCGAAGAAGUAGACACCGGUGUCUUAACUUUAAAAUUAAAAAAUAUUUACGGGGAAACUACAGCAGACAUGGACAUUGUUGUUAUCAAAUUACCUGGUGAACCGGGAGUUCCAGACGUUAUAGAAGUCACAGACACUUCUGUCACACUUCAUUGGAAACCUCCACAAUUUGAUGGAAAUUCGCCAAUUGAGGGUUACAUUGUUGAAUAUCAUGACAAAGAUGAAUUUAUGGUAUGGCAUAAGGUACAAGUAACAGAUACCACACAUGAAGUCAUAAAUUUAGUAACUGGACAUGAAGUAAUGUUCAAAGUGGCAGCGAUAAACUGUGCUGGAAUAGGACCGGCAUCGCACAAUACAAAAUAUGUUAAGAUGGCAAGUCCCGGGUCAUUUACUCCCCCUGUCAUUCAGGAACCCUUAUCUGACUUAUCAAUUGGAAUGGGUAAAUCGGCAGUUCUUCAGUGUGUUAUUACUGGAAAACCCACUCCGGAUAUUAAAUGGCUUAAGAACAAAACCGUAUACAAAACAAAGACAACGUCCUUUGAAAACCAUGUGGCUAAGUUGAUGAUCGCCGAGUGCAAUGAAUCUACACCAGGAACUUACACGUGCCAAGCGACCAACGGAGCGGGUACUGCGCAAACAUCGUGCAAACUCAGCGUACAAGAUGUACCUAAAAUUGAAGUCCAUGAAUCGGAGACUUCACAAAUGAUUAGAGUGCGAAAUCAAUGGAAGGUCAAAGCUACGUACAAAGGUUAUCCAAAGCCAACCAUUUCGUGGCAAAAGAACAGUGUACCAUUACCCGUGUCUGAUAAACACAUAAGUGUAUACGACGACGAAGACGAAUGGUCAUCGACAAUAGCUAUUUACUCAGUGGAAAGACCGGACACUGGCGUGUAUACAAUUACCGCGUCGAACGCAGCCGGCACGGCUACGUGCAAUCUGAACCUCAAAGUUAUUGAGCCGGCUAAGGACGAUAAACCAAGCGCACCGCAAGGUCCAAUGCGCAUUAAAGAAAUAAACUCGGACUCUGUGACAAUCGAGUGGAACAAACCAUCCGAUGACGGUGGUUUGGACAUAUCAUCAUACCAGAUUGAAAGGUGCAACGUUGGCAAGAUGAUCUGGUCUAAGGUAGCCGACGUAGACCAUGACGUAUCAGCAUACAGCGUGCAAAAGUUACACGAAGACGCCGAGUACAUGUUUAGAGUUUGCGCUCAAAACGCUGUUGGCGCAUCAGACUUUUUGGAUAGCGAACCUGUUACCGUUAAGUGUCGAUACCAUAAACCGUCGGCACCACAGGGCCCAUUACAGAUCACGGGUGUGACGGAUACAUCUUUGACAAUCGCUUGGUUACCACCUUUCGAUAAUGGUGGAAUAGCAAUCGAAGACUAUUGCGUAGAAAUCAAGGAAGUAGACAAAAAAGCUUGGAGAAAGAUAAGUUCCACAAAAGAUUUACACUUAAAGGUGUCGGACUUGAAGAAAGGAUCGUCCUACGACAUCAGGAUUAUCGCUAGGAAUCACGUGGGAUACGGGAAACCGUAUCAACCAGACGAACCUAUUGUGGCCGGCAAGCGCAUAAGCUUUAGAAAUGGAAUAUCCGAUGAAACAUUAUACGUACUUAUGGGAAUAUUCCCAACCAAAUCAAGAGCUUCUGCUUCGCCGUCCCCGCCCACGGAAUUCACUGUGAGUGACAUUACCAGCAAAACCGUUACGUUACAUUGGGGACUACCAGAAAGUAAUGGUGGAUCUGAAAUCACAGGCUAUGUGAUUGAAAAACAGCUGAACACGACGAACAAAUGGUUCAAAGUAGCUACGCUAGAACCGACUACAAUGAAAUAUUGCGUAGAAAACUUGAAAGAAAAAUCGGAAUAUUAUUUCAAGAUUUAUGCGGAAAAUUGCAUCGGCCUAAGUCAACCGGUUGAAACGAAAUUAGUCAGUCUGUUAACCCAUGCUACCGUACCCUCGCCUCCCACUGCUCCGCUUGAAGUUCGAAAUCUGAGUUCCAACGCAGUAAUAGUAGAAUGGGGUGUACCGGAAACGGACGGCGGUGCACCGCUGCUGGGUUAUAACAUAGCGAUUCGGGACGAGAAGAAAACUAUGUGGAUGGAAGUUGGACGUGUGGACACGGACGUACAAAAAUUCAAUAUCAAAGAUUUACAGGAGAACCAUAGGUAUCACAUUAGGAUAUUGGCUAAAAACGAAGUGGGUGUCAGUGAGCCACUAGAAACUGAAGAACCGUACACCGUGCAAAAACCGACAGAUUAUUACGAGUCGGACGUUGAAGAAUCGGUCAUGGAAUCCAAACCGUCUCUGACGCAAACGUCGGAAACCACUACGUCAUGGCUCAGAGAAAACAAUAUGGACGCUGACAUAUCGUCAUAUUCGAAUGCUGCGUUAUUGAAGAGGAGUGAAUACUUUUUCCGCAUUUGGUAUUACGCGAGAACAUUAUUCAAAUAAUAGACACUCAUCAUUAUUGUUUUUAUUAUUAUUAUUAUUAUUAUUAUUAAUAUUAUUACCUAUUUUUAUUAUUACCUAUUACCCUUUAUUAUUAGGUACCUAUUUUUAUUGUCAAACUAACGCCAACAUACGAAUGAGGUGAAAAUGUUUAGUAUCGACGUUCCCUGAGUCGAGACGAGACGUUUUCACAAAUUUCUAUGUUAUUGUUUUGUUUUUUUUUUUUAAUGAUUGUGAUAAAAAAAUUUCUUUUUAAUUUUAGUUUUUUAGCUUAAUGAUUCCCUACCCUUUCCAAAUCCCUGUUAUUAAUUAUCUAAUAUGUGUUUUAAUUUAUAAAAAAAAACGGUGGUAACUUAAAUUACGUAUUAUUUAUAAAUUAAUUCACAUAUAAUC